GUCAGAUCCAAACUCACAUUUAAAACAAGAGUCUGAACUGCUUUUCAUUUACUUUGCUCCCCUUUGAGAUGCCAGAAGCAAUUUCCUCUUGAAGUUGACUUCCUUUCUGGAAACGAUUUUGUCUCAAACCAUGUUGAGGCUCUCUGGUCCCAUUAUCUGACUGACUUGCUCUUUUUUGUUCCCUUUUCUUUGCUACUGCAGCAAAACAGACCUUCUGGCUGCAAGGGAAUCACACUGAAGUUUUGCAGGAACUUUUUAUUUCGGUUGUUUUCUCACAUCAUUAUCAGCCAGCCAAGAGGGACAGACAAAGCACUCAUUGGUGCCCUCUGCAACAGAACACUGCUAGCGGGGGCUGGCUGUAAAUUGACGUGGCAUGGAAAAUCUCUGCUAAGUUUGUAACACUUUGUAUGUUCCUGCAAGAGCAGUAACACUCUUGCCCAGGAGGACUUCGUCGCCUGAAAGCAUAAAGGGUUAUACGCCUGGGUGUAACUAUGGCUGGAAAAUUCCUCCUGUUUCUAACUUGGGACUUGAAGAUUCUUUUUUCUUUGGUGUUGUGGCUAGCAGUAAACAGCAUCUAAAACUUUGAGAUUCCUUCCUCUUCUUUUUUUUUCUCUCCAAUCAGAGGGAAACAGAUUUUGUGGCAUUCUCCAUUUCUACCUCCACCCUCUUUGCACCUUCCUGCUCCCUGCCGGCUGUGACCAUGGGGUGCGGACUCAGAAAACUAGAAGACCCAGAUGAUAGCAGCCCUGGAAAAAUAUUUUCAACGCUAAAGAGACCGCAAGUGGAAACAAAGACAGACUCUGCUUAUGAGUACAUAUUGCUUGAUUUUACUUUGGAAGGUAGGUAUCUUGUUUCAGCAGUACUCUGUGCCAAAGGCUUAAAGGGGCAAAAGUUUUCCUUAUUUUAUUUCUUUGGGUUAGAUACGGGGAAACUAAUUCACGAGAAUCUUUCAACACCAGUCACUGUUAAUCAUUAGGCCAAUGGUUUAGAAAUGUGUUAAAUUGUGCGUAUGAAUGCCAGAAAAAAAUGUGUAUGCACGUAACAGUUAGCACAUUGGUGCCUCUGUUCAGAAAAAAAGGUCUUUUUCCAAAUCUGUGCAUAGCUGAAAGCCAGUUUCUGUCAGUAUCGGCAGUUCUGUUAAACUUGACAGUAAGCACUACUUAAGAGCACUUCUACAGUGGAAAAUACCUUUUAGCUUCCUAUUCUUUGUUUCAUGUUCUGUUUUGUUUUUGUAGCUCAGGCAUGGAAGGAAAACUGAAUUUUGUGCAGUUAAAAGGCAGACAGUGUGGGUCUACUUCCCUCUUUUGUAGGGUUUUUCUUGUUCCUAACCGACUCCCUGUCCCAGAAAACAUAAACAACCGACCCCAGACGGCUUCCCAUUAAAAACAGGCAGUUCUAUUCAGCUGUACAGUAGUUGCUUCAGGGACUCAUAAUUUUUGCUGAAACGUUUUGGUGUAGCUUCUCCAUGGCUAUACAGCAGUUCUUGUGGGUAGCUGAUACUAGUUUUAAAUGCUAUGGUUGCAGUAGCCAGAAUAUAUUAAUGCAGAUUACAAGUAUAGAUUUCAUGAAGAUUGUUGUGCAGGACACAUUUUAGUCCAUUACCUGCAUUUUUGGCUUUUCAUUCCGUAUGCAAUUCAUUCAUUUCUCUUUGGGUGAAGCAAAACUUAUUUGUGUGGAGAAACAGUAGCAACAACGACAACAUACUUUUGAGUCUCAUGCUGGAUUACCUAAUACAUAAGCAAUAUACUGGUCUAUAAGUUUAAAUUGGCAAUUGAUUUAAUGCAUUCUAGAUUUUGUUUGCAGCUUUUGUUUUGCUACAUAGUACGUAGCAUUUUGAGUUGCAUAGCUUUUGCGUUCCUGAAAGUAGUCUGAUGGUGGUUAUUUCUUGUGAAAAACAAUUAUUUUUCAUUAAAACAUACGCUUUAGCAACUGAACGCAAGGAGGAGGGGAGGUGUCUUUACAUCACUGCAGUAUUCCAUGACAUAUACCAAAAAAAUCAGGGUUCGAGCCAGAAUUUCGGUUUUGCAAAUGGAAAGACUCUAUUCGUGGAAAGGGUUGCAAUCCAGCAGAGACUCCUUCUGGAGGAAUGGGGGGGUGGUAAUCAGGCCCAGAGUCAGCAACUGGCCUGGUGGGGGGCAAAUGUUAAGCCCCAAAGAACCCACUGGGGCUGACAACAGUCGCUGGCAUCUUCCUUCUACUUUUUCACUACUAGGGCAACCCACCAUUUUCUUUUUCCCAGAAUGCUUCUGGGCAUAGAUGGCUGCAGCCUUGGGCGGCACUCUGCUUCAAAGAAAUAAAGAUGUUGGUGACCAGUCAUCCCUCGCGGCUGUUCUGGAACCCAAUAUUUCUCCCAACACAUCAGCUGUGCCCUCUGAGCUGGACUGCCUCUGCCCUACCCUGGCCACUGCAACAGGAGCCUCCGCUGAAUUGCGGACUCUUCUGCAAACAGGAGUCCUUCCUGUUUACAGAAAUCUGGGACUCCUGUGCACCACCUGGCGAGCUUAUUACGGAGGAUCUUGCCAGCAUCAUGGAUGUUUUGUGUGUGUGUGUGUUUCCCAGAGGGCAUCAUGCCCAGAUCCCCCCAGAACUGGUGCCAACCCUGGAAGCAAUUUUCACAAAUUCAUCCUUCCUCUCCACUGCCUCCCACACUGUUAUGGAGUACCCCUCCUUGACCCUCUGGAGCAGAUUUUCAGAGAGGAGGAGAGAUCUGUUGAAACCCAUUUCCCACAAGCAGCACUGUGAGCGGAGUUCCCGCUGCAGCAACUCUGAAUCUAUAAUCUGUCAGCAAUAUUGUGCUUAAAUCCUUCCCUGUUGUUAAAUUCGCAAACCCUUCAAUGAACACGAUCUGAAUGUUUAGAUGCACUCAGCUAGUUUUCUGUACAGUGGUACCUCGGGUUACAUACGCUUCAGGUUACAUACGCUUCAGGUUACAGACUCCGCUAACCCAGAAAUAGUGCUUCAGGUUAAGAACUUUGCUUCAGGAUGAGAACAGAAAUCGUGCUCCGGCGGCACGGCAGCAGCAGGAGACCCCAUUAGCUAAAGUGGUGCUUCAGGUUAAGAACAGUUUCAGGUUAAGUACGGACCUCCGGAACGAAUUAAGUACUUAACCUGAGGUACCACUGUAAUCUCAUUAGGAUUUCAGCAAAGACACAAGACCCCUUUUACUUGCAGUCUGAUACAGUGAUGCAUAUUUACGCAAUGUAAGGCUCAUGUUCAAAGGGACGCAGGUGGCGCUGUGGUCUAAACCACUGAGCCUAGGGCUUGCUGAUCGGAAGGUCGGCGGUUCGAAUCCUGUCAACGAGGUGAGCUCCUGUUGCUUGUUCCCAGCUCCUGCCAACCUAGCAGUUCGAAAGCACAUCAAAGUGCUAGUAGAUAAAUAAGUACCACUCUGGCGGGAAGGUAAACGGCAUUUCUGUGCGCUGCUCUGGUUCGCCAGAGGCAACUUAGUCAUGCUGGCCACAUGACCUGGAAAAACUGUCUGCGGACAAACGACAGCUCCCUCGGCCUGUAAAGCGAGGUGAGCGCUGCAACCCGAGUCAUUCGCGAGUGGACUUAACUGUCAGGGGUCCUUUAUCUUUACCUUUUUAAGGCUCACGUUCAGGCAAGUAUUAUUGCAACCAUAAUCACCUAAUUAUGGAUGUCAUCCUAAUCCUAAAAGUUCAUAAUGAUGUGUCUGUCUGCAGCUCAGAGGCAAGAGAUACAUCUCAGCAGUUCCAUGGUACAAUUACUGCUUCUAACGUUCUUGUGCAGUCUUUAGAACACUUAAUCUUAUGUUUUCGUUUGCUAUCUUACCAAAAUUUUGGAGCUGGCUAUGUGUGUGUGUGUGUGUGUAACAAACAAUGCCAUCUAAAUAUGACACUUACAUGUAAACACUGUACAAAACCAAGAAAACACACUUAAUGUUUGGAAUAAUUCAUCUACCUUACAUGAACAUUCCCAACAAGCUUCAGCCACAUGAUACAGCUAUAAUAUAAUACCAUUUAUGUGUGAAUAUUUUAUUUAAGAGCAUCCACACAUUAACUGGUGAAUGUCUAAAGGGACUAAUUAUAUUGUACCAUUUUAUGGCUACAGUUGGGUACUGUCCUGCAUUGUCCUGUACUGCAUAUUUUAAUGCAUAAACUGGAAAUUUAUUUACGUAUUUAAAAAUGUACUUAUAGAUUACCCUUUCGGGAAUAGUUGAACAUUGAUACAUCUAGCAUACACAUAUUUGUUUAGGUCUGGUUCCUGCCUAAAUACUGUCAUCAAGCUGACUGAAAAGUAAUUUAUAGACUCUGCAUGUCAUUUAAGUACAAAGUUUUCAUUUCAUUUCAUUUUUUAUUUUUAUUUUUUUGUUUGCCUUCUGUCCAUCCCGGGGCAGAAAGUUACUUCUAGCAUAACCGAGUUAGCCUAACAGUGGUUUGCCAUAAAAUGUUGAUGUCUGUAAUCUAUUGUUUUAUAUCUGUGUUACUGGGAUUCAACAUUAUUUUGUUUUCUACGUUCUUUAAGCCACCUUGAAAGGUCUCUGUCCUGAAAGGAAGCUUAGAAUAUAACUAUACAGAAUCAGUUCAGACCCCAAAACGAAUGUGAGCAAACCAAUGGAAAAAUGCUGGCAUCUGAGCUCGUCUAAUUUUGCGAUUUCCAUUGACUGAAAUUAUGGUUCAGAGCUACCGACAACUCUAUGGUACAGAAUCUAAUAUUGAGCAGGAAUUCCGCCUGCUGAAAAUCUCAGCUUUUCCUUCUUAUUUACUUUUAAUAGAUACAAGUUCCUAGCUCCCAUUGAUGCAAAAAUAGGUUCGACAAUAUGUGAACAAUGCCUGAUGAAAUCUAAAAAGCCAUGGGAUAGGUUAAGUAGGACUUGUAGGGGACAAGGCUUUGGUGCCUUAUCCAACUCCUUAGCCCUGCCCACAAGUAGCAAAAACAAAAUAAAUUGUGCCAGGUAAAUGCCUAUCUACAAAUGUGUGUGGUUUCUAUAGGUCAGAGAAUCUAGCUAUCUUGAUGUAUAGAGUUUGCGUUUCUUAAAUAAAGGUUUUUAGUAUAGACUACAUUCCAGCCCUCGAUCUGUACUGUAGCCGUAAUAGCUACUAUUUUAAUUUUUAUAGCUUGCUCCCUGCACCUGUUGUUGUAACCACUAAUCCUCCCAGCUUCUCUGAGUCAGUGGUGUGAUAUAGAGCCAUAAGCAGAACAGCCAAGUUGUUUUAAUUUCUCCUAUUAGCAGAUACCUACAGCGAAACCCCACAUUGCAGCUUAAAUUUUAUAUACAGAAUAUAUAUAUAAGCUACUGUUUCUGUCCAGUGCCGUUGGAAGUCACUGAAAUGUUUGUGUAAUUGAAAUCCCUUUAGCUUCCUCAAAUCCAGAGGCGAUCAAGAUCAGCUCUGUGCUGGAAAUUGCAAAAAAGGUGGAGGAAUAUUAUACGAAAGGAUAUGUGGUAGGAGCUAUUCACCCUGUUUUAUUGUCAAUUGGACGAAGAAGACACUUCCCAGCAAGUCACAUUUAUCGAGUCGUACUACUGCGUCUCAAACUGAGGUAUGCACCAUAGUAAAUAAGUGUUUCUAUUAUUGUUUAAUGUAUUUAUAUCCUGCCUUUCUCCCAAAUAGAUAAGAUAAACAUAGAGCCAGGCCAUAAAUACUUUGUCUCAAAAGGUAAUUCGGUUGCGUUCCAAGUAACACAUUUGGGCGACUUUGUAAUCAGGCCUCCAUGGAGCAUUAGCCAAACAAAAGAGUUGCCAAGACUGAAUUCAUAAUAUUUUGGAACGAAGGAAGUUGUGCGUGCUGGCAUUUUGCACAAGAUACAUCAGACUGUAACAAAGGCUGCUUUCUUUCUGUCUCCAGCCAAAAGCAUCAAGCAUCCAGAGGACAGAGACAACCCAGACUCGUGAUUGAGGAGUGUCCUUUGACAUAUGAAACGCUAACAAAUGAGGUGGUAAAAGGACUGUUGGAAAAGGUAGGACGGUCUUAACAAUUUCUCCUUGAAAUAUUUUGCUUGUAGGCUUUUCAACAUGUCAUGUAGGUUAAUUUUUUCCACGUAUGACUGAGCCUCCUCCCCUCAUGUGCUCUUCUCAAUUAGUCACCUCUUGAUUUGCAGACCAUAGUUUCAUUUUAAAUAUGAACCUGCAAAUGAUGGUUUGUUCUUGUCUCGCAAGCCUGGGUUAUACACCAGGAUUUAAUCCUGCUUCAUAGGGCGGGCACAAUCCAUAGUUUGCUAGUUCAGAUGUAAUGAACUAUGGCUUGCUACAAUCCGCAAUGUAACUGAUGAUGGAUAUGUUGUCACGUCACUCCUUGGUGUGUGGAGUGCCGCAGGGCGCAAUCCUCUCCCCGAUGCUUUUUAACAUCUUUAUGCGCCCCCCUUGCCCAGAUUGUCCGGAGCUUUGGGCUGGGUUGUCACCAAUAUGCUGAUGACACUCAGCUCUAUCUGCUGAUGGAUGGCCACACUGACUCGGCCCCAAACACACUGACCAGAUGCUUGGAAGCUGUGGCUGGAUGGUUUCGUGGCAGCUGAUUGAAACUAAAUCCUUCGAAGACAGAGGUCCUCUGGCUGGGUUGGGAUGGCAUGGGGAUGAGGGACCAACUCCCUUCUCUUGCGGGGGCCCAAUUAGUGCCAUUGCCUUCCGUUAAGAGUUUGGGUGUAAUCCUUGACGCCUCCCUUUCCAUGGAGGCGCAAGUUAUAGCAACAGCCAAGGUAACAGUUUUCCACCUUCGCCGCAUCAAGCAGUUGGUCCCUUACCUUUCCUGCCCUGACCUGGCCACAGUGAUCCAUGCGACGGUCACCUCCAGGCUUGACUACUGUAAUUCGCUCUAUGCAGGGCUGCCCUUGAAGCUGUCCCAGAAACUCAAGCGGGUGCAGAAUGCUGCAGCGAGGCUCCUCACGGGGUCUCUGACAUGGGAGCAUAUUCACCCAGUGCUUUUCCAGCUGCACUGGCUCCUGGUGGAGUACAGGGUCAGAUUUAAGGUGCUGGUUUUGACCUUUAAAGCCCUUCACAGCCUAGGACCCUCAUACCUAUGGGACCACCUCUCCUGCUAUGCCCCCCGGAGGACCUUAAGGUCCAUAUAGCAACACCCUAGUAGUCCCGGGCCCUAAGGAAGUUAGAUUAGCCUCAACCAGAGCCAGGGCCUUCUUAACACUGGCUCCGGCCUGGUGGAACGCUCUGUCUCAUGAGACCAGGGCCCUGCAGGAUCUGAUUUCUUUCCGCAGGGCCUGUAAGACAGAGUUGUUCCACCUGGCCUUUGGCUUGGAAUCAGUUUGAUUCCCUCCCCCUCUUUCUUUUUCCUUUCUCCUCCUAUGAAGAGAUUGCACCCUAAUGUUUUAAUGUUGUAUUUUAAUCUUUUAAAUUGUAUUUUAAUCGACAUGUGCUAUUUUCGCACACCAGUGCGCACUUCUUUCUUCCCGCACCCAGACUCCUGUAUAAGGAAAGCAUCACAUGCAAAUGACCCCUCACCGUGUUUCUAAUUUCUGAAUAAUAAUUUAGAAAUGAUUUCUAAAUGCACACAGCUUAAUUAUAACUGUAUUUGUGUGUUGGGGGGGAAAUAUAUAGAUCAACGAUGCCGCAAAAAGAGGAAUGAAGUUUGUCGGAUUUAUAACACAACCUUGUCCAAAAUCAAAAAUCUGCAAUGGCACAAGCACAGAUGGGAAUGCAGAGUCCGAUUCAACCCUAAGCAGAAGGAGUAGGGAACAGAGAAGACACAACACAGAUGACAGUGAUAAGCCCUGGAAUGAAGGGACUCUGAGUGGACAGUCCUCUGAGAGUGGCAUAGAAGAAGAAAUCCAGCCAGACAUUGGGCAGUUGCGGGAGACAGAUUUUCAUGAUGGAAGAGAAGGCAGUCCUAGCCCCACUAAACUGAGGAAAGAAGGUACUGAAAAUUGCUACAUAUAUAGUCUUAACUAUUUCCAAGGAAUGUAAGUAUCCAUUUUUGGACACGAUUACCAUCCAGACUGGUUCAAGAUCUGAAGGUGCUUUUGGACCCAGCCAUCCCCCCCCCCCUCCAACAUUAGCAAAUACCGUAUUUUUUGCUCUAUAAGACUCAUUUUUUCCCUCCUAAAAAGUAAGGGGAAAUGUGUGUGCGUCUUAUGGAGCGAAUGCAGGCUGCGCAGCUAUCCCAGAAGCCAGAACAGCAAGAGGGAUUGCUGCUUUCACUGCGCAGCGAUCCCUCUUGCUGUUCUGGCUUCUGAGAUUCAGAAUAUUUUUUUUCUUGUUUUCCUCCUCCAAAAACUAGGUGCGUCUUGUGGUCUGGUGCGUCUUAUAGAGUGAAAAAUACGGUGGUGAUGGCAGGAGGUGAUAUAUCAAUAUAUCACCCAAAACCAUUUCGAAGUCCAUAUUGUUAUACUGGUUUCAUAAUUUUUGUCCUGGCAAUAUAUCGCAAAUCAUGGUGUGUGUGCGUGCUAUGCAGAAAUCACAAUGUGGAGAAAACCGUGACGCCAACCACCCUUAGCUCCAUCCUUAUUUCAGACAUCAUGAUGUAUCAGUAUAUCACAAUGUUUAGCUGGCGAUAUAUCGUGAUGUUGAAAUCCAGAUAUUGCCCAGCCCUACUGUUCGCCUCUACAUAGUUCCAUCCUUAUUUCAGAUAUUGUGAUAUAUUGAUAUAUUGAUAUAUCAUGAUGUUUAGCCGGUGCUGUUUCGCGAUGUUGAAAACCAGAUAUCACCCAACGUGGCUUCCCAAACACAAAGCUCGCUGUGGGUAACUGAGAGGAGGAGGGGCAGGGCAAUCAGCAUGGCAAAGGCACAGUGUCAAGAGUGUCCGGUUGGUGGCAGUGGUGCACCUGCACUGCUCCAACCUCCCACCUCCUUGCACUUCUCCCUCUUAAGUUACUGGCAACAACCUCCAUGAUGAGAAGCUGGGUAAGCUCCACCAGCCACAAUGGCCAGCUUCAACUUUUAUGAGUUCCUCUUGCUGUGCAAGCUGUGCCCCUUUUUAGAGCAAGGAAAUCUUACCAUGCUGAUCCAUGGUUUUGUGACCUUUGUUAUUGCAAGGUACUCCUUAAGUGCGGGUGGUGCUGUGGUCUAAACCACCAAGCCUCUUCGGCUUGCCGAGCAGAAGGUCGGUGGUUCCAAUCCCUGUGACUGAGUGAGUUCCCGUUGCUCUGUCCCAGCUCCUGCCAACCUAGCAGUUCGAAAGCACACCAGUGCAAGUAGAUAAAAAGGUACCACUGUGGUGGAAAGGUAAAUGGCAUUUCCAUGCAUUCUAGUUUCCGUCACGGUGUCCCAUUGCUCCAGAAGCAGUUUAGUCAUGCUGGCCACAUGACCCGGAAAGCUGUCUGUGGACAAACACCGGUUCCCUCGGCCUGGAGUGAGAUGAACGCCACAACCCCAUAGUUGCCUUUGUCCAGGGAUCCUUUAUCUUUACCUUCACUCUUAAGGCUGCUCUUGAAGAUGAACUUCCACAACAGGGGUGGGUCCCCAACAUCUGGAGAGUCACAAGUUUGCCACCCCUAUGGUAUAAGAUAAUCUAGAAGAGGCAAGGGCUUUCUUGACAGUGACAUUCUCAUUAUUGUAAGGCCCUCUCCAAAAAGGUUCACCUGGUGACAACACUGCUGACAUUUGAUAGCAGGCAGCAGAAUUUUUAUUUGCCCAUGCAUUUUAAUAGAUUAUAUUAAUUUAACUGAACAAGUUUUAGUCUGUUUGAAAGUUUUUUGCUGAUUUCUUGUUUUUGAUGGGGUGUGGUGUGCUUUUAUGCUGCACACCGCCCUGAUAUCAGAUUGUUUAUUUUUAAAUAAAAUAAAUAUUAAUUUAGCCUGGAGCGCUUACAAAAUGCUUCAGCCCAUCUGCUGAUGAUUGUGGCAAGAACAUAGGUAACCCGUUCCAAUGUAACUCCACUGAAUGCUUGUGGCGUUUUGGGCCCAGCUCAACAUGUUGGUGUCGACUUUACAGCCUGAAACAAACCUAAUUCAGGGAACUGCCUCUCUCUGUGUGAGUCCCUUUGCCAGCUGCAGUCCUCAGAGAGAGCGUUGCUCCAUAUUUUCACAUGAUGCCGCAUGCAGUCAUCAUCAGCUGGUCACAGGACUUUUGUUGCAGUCACCCUGAGGUUUUGGAAUGUCCUCCUGAAUGAGGUCAGAAAUAGCGUGUCCCUGAUAGCAUUACAGAAAGCUUGCAAAAUUCACCUAUUUUGCAUGGCAUUGCUUCAAUGAAUAUGAUGGUCAUUGGGUGCAGUCUCAAUUGCUAGGAUGUGGUUUUGUGAACUUGAAAUUGAAUUAUUGGUCAUUAUUACAUGCAUGCAUUAGGGACGCGGGUGGCGCUGUGGGUUUUAUUAGGGAUGCGGGUGGCGCUGUGGGUUAAACCACAGAGCCUAGGACUUGCCGAUCAGAACAUCGGCGGUUCAAAUCCCUGCGAUGGGGUGAGCUCCCGUUGCUCGGUCCCUGCUCCUGCCAACCUAGCAGUUCGAAAGCACAUCAAAGUGCAAGUAGAUAAAUAGGUACCACUCCGGUGGGAAGGUAAACGGCGUUUCCAUGCGCUGCUCUGGUUCGCCAGAAGUGGCUUAGUCAUGCUGGCCACAUGACCCGGAAGCUGUACACCGGCUCCCUCAGCCAAUAAAGCGAGAUGAGCGCUGCAACCCCAGAGUCGGUCACGACUGGACCUAAUAGUCAUACUUGCCUAAGUUGCUAUAACUUUCUUCUUGAUUACCUAUCUUCGUGCCCUAUAUCUGUUCUUUGGUUAAUACAGAAUGCCUACACUGCCUCUAUCUGGAAAAUGCAAAGACCAAAGAACAGAUAUAGGGCACGAAGACAGGUAAUCAAGAAGGUGAAAGGUGAAUCUUGGAAAUGUUGAAAAGGAAGUUGCCGUUGUCUGAAGUUCAGUAUGGGGAAAAAUCAGAACUCUUUGAAGGGAUGUCGGCAGCAUAAUUGCAGAGACCAGAUUAUGCCGUGAGAUGCCAGCAGUGUAAAAAUAGAUUGGAUAGAUGAGAAAAUUAGAGCACUGAGAAAGGGGAUGUAAAACAAGACGGGCAAAGUGCCUAGGACUGGGCAGGGAAGAUUCAAAAGCAGAGCUGUCCAACUCAAAAAGAGACAGAGAAUGAGCAUUUUGAGAGUUAGGAAAAGAACUCAAAGAUGAGACAACCUUGUUCUGUCUAAGGAGAAGGAGGAUUUCAAAUGUUAAGCACCUCUAUUAAGUUGUCUGUCGGCUCAGAAGCUUCCUGCAUAUUGACUUUCAACACCCCACUUGAGUUUAAAUAGUUUUCAUUUGCCAUGUUGAGGCAUUAUGUCAUGAGGUAUGGACAAGUUUAAGUCCUCUCCACUUGAAAUACUGAUAACUGCUCUUGAUAAGUGUUCCAUUUUUAAAAGGUUAAUCUUAGUUACUCCAUUCCUCCAAACCCUCGUUAUCCCUGACUUCUUUAUUUUCUAAUAUCUUAACAGAUAACAAAUUGUAUACAGUCUUCAACGUCUUCGAGGAUGAUUCCACCUGUUGGACUUAUCAUGACGGUGUUUUGUCUCUAAAAGUGUCGAGGAAAGGACCGGUGAUUAGUACUUUGGAUGCUGACUGGCUAGAGUUAACCACGUUUUAUUACAAACAAGGGUUGUCCUUAAUUGACUCAUUCGUACACUGGGAGGCUUCUAAAGGUAACUGUAAUCAUACCAUUCGUCUCUUUGCACCUGAAAAAGGCAAUAAUAGUAUUAUUUAUUUCAGAACAGUAAAGGACCUAGAUAAUGUAGUGGCUUCUCUUACUUAAUCAAUGUUGUACAAUAAGAGUAGGAAGGAGGAAAUGAUUAUUGUGAGGGAAGACACAAAUUGUAGAGAAAUAUUCUAUUUUUUCAGCAAGUAUUAUUUUUCUAACAACAUUACCGUAUUUUUUGCUCUAUAAGACUCACUUUUUCCCUCUUAAAAAGUAUGGGGAAAUGUGUGUGCGUCUUAUGGAGCGAAUGCAGGCUGCGCAGCUAUCCCAGAAGCCAGAACAGCAAGAGGGAUUGCUGCUUUCACUGCGCAGCGAUCCCUCUUGCUGUUCUGGCUUCUGAGAUUCAGAAUUUUUUUUCUCCUGUUUUCCUCCUCCACAAACCAGGUGCGUCUUGUGGUCUGGUGCGUCUUAUAGAGCGAAAAAUACGGUAAUUUUUCUUACAGAAUUAGAUGGCAAAAAAGUAGGGGUGUUUGUGAGUGAACCGACCUGAUUCACAACUCCUAAACUAAUACACGGAUAGGAACACAUUUGUCUUUCGUUUUUCUGAAUUUUGUGAUACCAUUCAUAGCUCUAAUAAUGCAUCAAAAUGCAUAUAAAAAUGUGUCUUUUAGGAUACCCUAUUUGAUAUGGUUGUUUCUGAAGGAGGAGAAUAGCACAUAAUUGGUUACUUAUGUGAUUGGAAGUUCAGGCUUCAGUGUGAUUGUUUGGUAACUGAAAAGCUUCAAGUUAUUUAAAGUAGCAUGCUAAUUUUUCACCCAAUAUUCAUUUCUUUACUGUUACUAUCACUGUUUGUGAUAGCUGGGUAUGAAUGGAACAAAGGGCAUCAAGAACAGUUUCUUUGUGUGAGGUCUCUUCUCUGAAGAGCUGCUUCUAACAAACAUUUCACACAGUCCUUGUAUGGAAGAUAUUCAAGUGAGAAGCAUUAAUAGCUAAAUGAUAACAUUAAGAAAACCUCUUAAGUGAGUAAUUUUAUGCCUGCUUAGUGCUUUAUAUUUUACACAUUAACAUAAAGUAUAUGUAAACAAACAAUAACGUGGUUCAUUUAAGAGGUCUUCUUAAUGUUAUCAUUUGGCUAUUAAUGUUCAUUUUAAUGCUUUCCAUAACUGAUUUUCCCUGUAUGGAAAAUAGUUGAACAUAAACAAUUUUAAUAUGGCAAUUAGAUAUAUUUAUUAAAAUGUUUUUAUUCCUUUAUCUUUGGAAACUAAACCUUUCUAGAUUUUGUUUUAGUAUGUCGUGGGUGAUUGACUGUGUUUGGCAUUUACAGAGAAAAGUACAUACAGUAUAGUAACGUAACAGAUCGUGGAAUUAAGUGUGGGGACUCCACAAGUUGCUAGCACCAUUACUUGGAAAUAGCAAAUGAUGCCCUGGGUUGAUCUGUAGGAAAAAUGUGUCAUCUCCCUUUCUCAAAAGGACCUCUAAAAUGGUCAUGUGUUAAGAGAGAGAAGGAAGAGUGUGCUCCCAAUGUCUCACACUGAUGAUGUCACUUCUGGGCACACUUAAUUCUGCAGCAUACUUCACAGUGAUGAUAAUGUGUGAGGGUGUGACAUCUUGGUAUAUGCAGGUGGCGCUGUGGUCUAAACCACUGAGCCUCUUGGGCUUGCCAGUCGGAAGGUCAGCGGUUUGAAUCCCCGCGACGGGGUGAGCUCCCAUUGCUCUGUCCCAGCUCCUGCCAACCUAGCAGUUCGAAAGCACGCCAGUGCAAGUAGAUAAAUAGGUACCACUGUGGCGGGAAGGUAAACUGUGUUUCCAUGCGCUCUGGUUUCCGUCAUGGUGUUCUGUUGCGCCAGAAGUGGUUUAGUCAUGCUGGCCAUCUGACCCGGAAAGCUGUCUGUGGACAAACACCGGCUGUCUCGGCCUGAAAGCGAGAUGAGCGCCACAACCCCAUAGUCGCCUUGGACAGGACUCAACCAUCCAGUGGUCCUUAAUAUCCUAAGAAGUGUGUGAGAGAGAGGCAGGCAGGCAGAGAUCAUCUGAACAUUAUACAGCUACAACAGAUCAGAGGACAACAGUUCAAGCACUGUUUCUCUCUCUUUAUCUCUCUCACACACCCCCUUAUAUCUAGCACAUGCAACGUGCCAGGAAUCAGGUACUGUGGUACCUCAGGUUACAUACGCUUCAGGUUACAGACUCCGCUAACCCAGAAAUAGUGCUUCAGGUUAAGUACUUUGCUUCAGGAUGAGAACAGAAACCGUGCUCCGGCCGCACGGCGGCAGCAGGAGGCCCCAUUAGCUAAAGUGGUGCUUCAGGUUAAGAACAGUUUCAGGUUAAGUACGGACCUCCGGAACGAAUUAAGUACUUAACCCGAGGUACCACUGUACCUCCUUUUUACAGGCUCUUUAGGAGAGGGAAAUGACAUAUUUCUUCUACACAGUAAUUCCAUACCAGGUUUUGUGUGUGUGUGUGUGUAAUCUCUCAUGGAGAAUAGCACUAGAAGCUGGUGCAAUCCACACUUGAUUCCAUGAUCAGUUUAGUUAGUAAAGGUGACAUUAUUUUUCUCUGUAGACUCCAAACACAGAAGAGUGCUGACAUGCUAAGACAGAAUAGGAAGAAAAACACCCUAAUUUGAAUGUAAUAAAAAGCAGCUACAGUAAUGAUAUAUUUCUUAACAAUUCAAGGUUUCUAUCAUUUACUUCCUUCUUUUCUUGUUUCCCCAGCUGACUACUUGCCCAAAUCAUUAGAAGGUUUAUUUAUAUAUGAAGAAGAAGGCACAGGAGUGCCCGGUUCAAACAGGAAAGGAAAUGAUGCCAUUGUUGUAGAACAAUGGACUGUAAUUGAGGUAAAUGCCUUGUUUUUGUUUUUAUGUAUGCAAGUUAGUCUCAAAGGUUUGUUUGUCUCCUGAUUCAGAAUGAUAUUGAUUACAAAUUUAGUUCAAAUUAGUAAAUCAGUAUAAGCCAGUCUGUAAAAUGGGUGCAACUGAGUUGGCUUGAGUUGGAAAACCCAAUUACUAUAUUUUCUUGUAAACGCUCUUAACUAAUACAUAAAUAUUACUAAGGAAAUAUUGAUAGUGUAGCUGUUGGUCAGGCCUUUAAGGUUACAUACCGAUUCAAACUUUUGAGGCACACACUAGCAGAUCGUAGUAUCUGCUACUUAAAAUACAUCAUAGCAGAUUAUUUCAUUCAGCAAGAAGCCUCUGAAUAAAUAUCAGGAGCUUGCCACAGUUGUAUAUUGCGAUUUCUGCGUCACACAUUCUUAUUUGAACAUUCCGUGCAAAAUAUGCCUGGCAGACAAACUUGAAAAACCACACAUAGGUUUGGGUUGAUGUUUGGUUUGGGCCAAAGAAAUUAGCCACUGUACUGCUGACAGUAUAUAUAUGGUGGCAGCUUCUGCUGGAAAAACUGAACCUCUUGCUGAAAUGAUGAAAAUGGUUUCUAGGAAAUGACGAAGCACAAUUAGCUGACUCGUUAAGUUCCCCAAUCAAGGUGGCCUCUCAAAAAUGUGUUUGCCUUUGAAAUAUUUUUUCCCACCCCGCUUUGGGGAUGAGGGCAGCUUUUCUAACCACUAGGCAUUCUACUUUUAAAUUACACUGCAUUUCAAAAAUCCUUAACUUUGGAAGGGUAAGCCUUUUGAAAAAAAAAAAAAAAAGUAAGGGGAAGUAGUGCAUAAAAUAAGUACCGUAUUUUUCACUCUAUAAGACGCACCAGACCACAAGACGCAUCUAGUUUUUGUAGGAGGAAAACAAGAAAAAAAUAUUCUGAAUCUCAGAAGCCAGAACAGCAAGAGGGAUUGCUGCGCAGUGAAAGCAGCAAUACCUCUUGCUGUUCUGGAUUCUGGGAUAGCUGCGCAGCCUACAUUCGCUGCAUAAGACGCACACACAUUUCCCCUUACUUUUUAGGAGGGGAAAAGUGAGUCUUAUGGAGCAAAAAAUACGGUAUCUAGUAAAGUAGUUCUGUUAGCACAGGGGCUUUUGGCUGAGCAACUGAGCUUCCUCUCCCCGUGUGCCUCCUGCACACCCCAUAAAUCUGUUCUCCCUCCUGAGUAAAUUUGAAGUAUGGGGACAUGCAGAGAGAGGAAGUUCCAUUGUGUAAAAGGAAAUCCUAGUGCUCGCAGAACUACUUCAGAACUACUUUGUUGUAUUAUACCACCCAAUGGCUCAAUUCUGAUGUCCAUGCAUUCAAACAGAAGGAAGAAGCAGCAAACUUAACUUUUCAUUUUAAACAUGGCUUGUUUCCUCAUCAGCAAAAGUGGCUUUGGCAGAAUAUCCAGAUUUCUCCCCCACACAAUUGCUAUGUUUGAUCAGCAUUAAUUAAGAAAGCAGAAUCACAGACUCAUAAUUUCCUUGUUUGCUCUCAGUUCAGCGACAGAGUUAAAGGUCAGUCAGGCACAUAACAUCCUUUUCCCUUUUCUUUUUGUUUCUGUCAUGGGAGGAAGGGCAGGGCAUACAUUAAAGUUAAAGUAAUAAUAUAGUAAAGUAAUUAUAAUAACAAAUAACAACUGGGUAUGGGGGAAAGAGGGGAGAUGAAAUUUAUAUGUGAGAAUAACAUGGAAAUCAGAUCCAAUGUACGUUUACCAAAUUUGAAUAGCUAAAUAACCAAGAAUAGCCAAAUAGCAUAAACAGACUUUACCAGUAAUUGUCUGAGAUAUCUAACUUCUCAGGUUUAGCAGAGUUAAUUGUGUUGGGCCAAUAAUGCCAUUUUUCAGAGUUCAUCUGCCUGCCACGCACAUUCUUUUUCAGUCAUGGGAUUAAUUAGGCAUUGGAACUGCUGUGCCCUUCCUGAUGGGGGGGCAGAUGCCCCCACCUCCUAUCAGGAACUGGAUCCUAGCCUGUACCCUGCUUUGGCAACUGGGGAUGCUGGCUGGGACUUGGGCUGCGCCAGGGGGCGGAGCUGACAGAGCGGGUAGGCUUCCCUCGGAUCUGCCCAUUUAACCAGCCCCUACCUGGGGCUCUACCUGUUCGUUCCCUCGCCGAUUUUCCCGACCCACCCACCCUCAGUUUUUAGCUGAUAGUCAAUAAUAAUAAUAAUACAGUGGUACCUCGGGUUACAUAUGCUUCCAGAGGUCUGUUCUUAACCUGAAACUGUUCUUAACCUGAAGCACCACUUUAGCUAAUGGGGCCUCCUGCUGCUGCUGCGCUGCCGGAGCACAGUUUCUGUUCUCAUCCUGAAGCACAGUUCUUAACCCGAGGUACUAUUUCUGGCUUAGCGGAGUCUGUAACCUGAAGCGUAUGUAACCCGAGGUACCACUGUAUUUGGCUUGUGGAAAUGCUUGCUGCUCUCCCCAAAUAUACUAAUGCCUUUGGUUUUUUUUUUUUAUAUAGGGCAGUGAAAUCAAAACGGAUUAUGGUCCUUUGCUACACACCUUGGCUGAGUUCGGUUGGCUUUUAACGUGUGUGCUGCCUACUCCAAUCAUCCGACUGGACAGGUAGAUGAAAACGGUGCCUUUCUCUCUCUAGUGCAUGGCAGCCCGACUUGCGGGGACAUACCUGCUCCUGACAACACACGGGGUCUGAAGUGAUGCCACCUGGCAGGCAGGGCUUCUGCUUUCACCUGAGCAGCUCUGUCUCAGAGGCACAGUUCUCCAGAAGCGCCAAUCAAGGGCUUUCAAAUGAGUCACACGCACACCCAAAAUUAAAAUGCUGAGCAGGGUCUCCGUCCCUCUUGACUAUAAUAAUAAUAAUUUAUUAUUUAUACCCCACCCAUCUGGCUGAGUCUCCCCAGCCACUCUGGGCGGCUCCCAAUCAAAUGUUAAAAACAGUACAGCGUUAAAUAUUAAAAACUUCCCUAAACAGGGCUACCUUCAGAUGUCUUUUAAAGAUAGGAUAGCUGCUUAUUUCCUUCACAUCUGAAGGGAGGGUGUUCCACAGGGUGGGCGCCACUACCGAGAAGGCCCUCUGUCUGGUUCCCUGUAACCUCACUUCUCGCAAUGAGGGAACCACCAGAAGGCCCUCUGCGCUGGAUCUCAGUGUCCGGGCUGAACGAUGGGGGAAGAGACGCUCCUUCAGGUAUACAGGGCCGAGGCCGUUUAGGGCUUUAAAGGUCAGCACCAACACUUUGAAUUGUGCUCGGAAACGUACUGGGAGCCAAUGCAGAUCUCUCAGGAUCGGUGUUAUGUGGUCCCGGCGGCCACUCCCAGUCACCAGUCUAGCUGCCGCAUUCUGGAUUAAUUGUAGUUUCCAGGUCACCUUCAAAGUAGCCCCACGUAGAGUGCAUUGCAGUAGUCCAAGCGGGAGACAACUAGAGCAUGCACAACUCUGGCGAGAGAGUCCGCGGGCAGGGAGGGUCUCAGCCUGCGUCCCAUGUGGAGCUGGUAGACAGCCGCCCUGGACACAGAAUUAACCUGCGCCUCCAUGGACAGCUGUGAGUCCAAAAUGACUCCCAGGCUGCGCACCUGGUCCUUCGGGGGCACAGUUACCCCAUUCAGGACCAGGGAAUCCCCCACACCUGCCCACCCCCUUUCCCCCAAAAACAGUACUUCUGUCUUGUCAGGUUUCAACCUCAAUCUGUUAGCCGCCAUCCACCCUCCAACCGCCUCCAGGCACUCACACAGUUAACCAAGUCAGCCUGAGGAGGGAGGUUUCUCAGUUCUGUUUGUAAGCAGCAGCUGUUGGGUUUCUUACCUUAUUGUGAGGGUCUCCAGCUGUUUUUUGACUGCAACUCCCAUCAUCCCUAGCUAGCAGGACUAGUGGUCAGGGGUGAUGGGAAUUGUAGUCCAAAAACAGCUGGAGACCCAAGUUCGGAGAUCCCUGAAUUAGAACAAUUAUGGUAUCCCUCUUCUGUGAUAGAUUCAAAUAGGAGUGACCGUUUCACCAUAAUUACAAAGGCUACCAACUACUUCACCAGAGUUUGUUGCUUGGGAAGGAAAACUGUCCGCGUAAUUUUGGUGGUGGGUGGAGUAGCUCAGGAACUGAUCCAAGCAAAUACGUAUUUUUUCCAAGGGAGUUGACCUAGUUUCUGAAUCAAUUCUUCUUUUUAAGUGGAAAAGCGGCGCUAGUGUUCCAGAUAGUGUUGAUAAAAUACUCGAGUGCAGGGUUUUUUUUCUAAGGGAGAAGAGUACAUUGUUGUCCCAGAAAAGAAAAACAGAAGCAACUGAGAUUUGGGAGUUCCCUGUUUUGUUUUUAAAAAAUUGUAGCCUGAAAAUCUCCAUCAAGACUUAAGCUCUGAUUAAAAAUCUGUCCUGAAAUAUUUGGUGGGUUUUUUUUAAAGAGAAGAAUCACGAUUUUGUUUUUGUUUUUUGUCCCAUAGUUUCAUUCUGAAUAUUUUCUGCACUUUUGUUGUGGAAAAUAAAUUGGGGAUUUUAUUUAUUUAUUUAUUUAUUUAUUUAUUUAUUUCUAACCCAUCUGACUGGGCUGCUAGUCAUACAACUGAAUCACAAAAACUGUUACGCAGUAGUGAGACAUCUGUCAAAAGACAUUCAUUUUAGCAUGAACAUGGUAUUGCUGUUGUCUGAAUAUGCUCAUUCUUUUCUGAUCAACUGAAACCUUUAGAGCAGCAUCGCAUUUGCUAUUCUUCAGGAUCUGAAAUGAUCAAGUAGGAACAACCAGCAGAAGGGAAAUUGUCCCAAAUUGCUUUCCAUCAACAUCCUUGCGGAUUUUAACCACAACAAGCGUUUAAAGGCAAACAGGAAACGGCUCCUGGCUUGAUUGCCUGUAGAAGGGAACUGGGGCAUCAUAAGCAGAAAAGGGGAGGUAGAGGAAGUCGGAAAUAUUACAUAACUAGCCAACUCUUGCAGACAAUAAUAUGUGAGUUAUUGAGUGGUAUGAUUUAUCAUGUGCUAAUACUGAAUGAGCACUGUUUCUGAACCAUGAUGGGUAUGAUUGUGGAAAUAAAGGUAGAAAAUUAAGGGAAUAUUCCAGACAUCGGUAGACUAAGGAAUCUCCACCAGAUGGUGGGAUGCAGACGUGCAUUAUUGAAAUAUACUCAGAGUCGAGAGUGGAUUUCAUGCUCUUUAUUCAGCUCAUAGUGGUGAGGAGGAAUGAAAGUUUCCCCAAAGUAUCUGCUUUAUAUACAUUGUUUACACAAUGGGCUGCACGUGACUGGCUAAUUCCGGGAUUCUCCCGUAGACCAAUCAGGUUGCGGAUUCACUUCCAUCUGGAGCUGGAUUGGGUGGCUCCUGCAGACCAAUCAUACUGCUGCAUUGUUCUAGGACCAAUCAGACUGCUGCAUUUUGGAUCCUAUUGUUCUAGGACCAAUCAGACUGCUGCAUUUUGGAUCUGUAGUGGUUCUAGGGGUUGCUCGUGCGUAAGCCGGUGCAAACAUCUGGCUGGGUUGCCUGAGUGAACCUUUUCUGUCCGGACAGCCACUCACCCGUGGCUGUCUCAAUCGCUGGCAGAAUCCGUCAGUGGGCGUUUCUUAAACUUCUUCCAGCAAAGAAGCUCUUUGAUGCCUAGUCUCCUCCUACUCUCUCUGCGCGAAAGCCUUCUGCGCAAGGAGGGCGUAGGCAGCGGAGGACCUCUACUCUCCCCGCUGGUCCCAGGCAAGGAGUCAUGGGACCGCCUCGCCGCUUCCCCAUCUGCCCCCCUUCUCCACUGGUGCUAUGCUGAUUCUCUUCCCCAGAAGAUGGGCUGCCUCACCCAAUCCCGGGACGCUCUCUGGAAUCCCUCUGGAUUUUGCUCUCUCCCUCCGGCACUGAUGGCAGUUCCCUGACAGGAUCCUAUUCAACUCAGUACAUAACAAUUAUCAACAGCACAUGCAGCCAACCUCACAGAAUUGUAGAGUUGAAGGGGAACACAGGGGUCAUCUAGACCAACCGCCUGCAAUCCAGGAAUCUCAACUAAAGCAUCUUCAGAUGUCUUCUAAAGAUUGUAUAGUUGCUUAUCUCCUUGACAUCUGGUGGGAGGGUGUUCCACAGGGUGGGUGCUGCUACCAAGAAGGCCCUCUGCCUGGGUCCCUGUAACUUUACUUCUCGCAAUGAGGGAACCACCAGAAGGCCCUUGGAGCUGGACCUCAGUGUCCAGGCUGAACGAUGGGGGUGGAGACUCUCUUUGAGGAUGAAUGGAGCCAUUCAGGGCUUUAAAGGUCAGCACCAACACUUUGAAUUGUGCUUGGAAACAUACUAGGAGCCAAUGCAGAUCUUUCAAGACUGGUGUUAUAUGGUCCUGCCAGCCGCUCCCAGUCACCGGCCUAGCUGCCGCGUUCUGGAUUUGCUGUAGUUUCCGGGUCACCUUCCAAGGUAGCCCCACGUAGAGCGCAUUGCAGUAGUCCAAGCUGGAGAUAACCAGAGCGUGCACCACUCUGGAGAGACAGUAUUCAUGUGAGAUGUUUUAAUUGCUUUCAAACUGUUGUAACCCAUCCUGGGACUUCAUGGUGAAAGGCAGGCAAGUAAUCUCAAUAAUAAACAACAGUAAUAGGAACAAUAACAGCUACUCUUAAAUAGAAGGGCUCCAAUCCAACAAAGUGUGCAUAUAGACUUCUUUCAUUUCAUUUCAUUAGUAAAGACUAAAUGGAGGCCUCCUCCUUUACUGACUAGCAAUUCCAAUUGCUGUUUGCAUAGCCCAGGAUGUUAGAUCAGGUUGGCAAAUCACACACCUUGCACGUGAAUUCCUCAUCUUGCUAGGGUUCAAUCUAAGGAAGUUAGAUUGGCUUCAACCAGAGCCAGGGCCUUCUCAACACUGGCUCCGGCCUGGUGAAACGCUCUGCCUCACGAGACCAGGGCCCUGCAGGAUCUGAUUUCUUUCCGCAGGGCCUGUAAGACACAGUUGUUCCGCCUGGCCUUUGGCUUGGAGCCAAUUUUAUUCCCUCCCUCUCUUUCUUUUUUCCUUUCCUUCUCCUCCUGCGAUGAGGCUACAUUUUAAUAUUUUAAGGUUUCAGUAUUUUAAUAUUGUAUUUUAAUUUUGUUUUUAAGUUGUAAUCAUUCAACUUGUUUUUAUUAUUGCUUGUAAGCCGCUCUGAGCCUGGCCUUGGCUGGGGAGGGUGGGGUAUAAAUAAAAAUUAUUAUUAUUAUUAUUAUUAUUCAUCCAAAUGUCUGCUUCUGGCACACACAUAUGUGAGCUGGAGUGCUGGUGUAAUGUCUGGCAAAACCAUUACAUGAUUUAUAUUCAAAAUUUCAGUGUUAUGUCCUUCAACUGAUAAAUCAUUUCCACUGGUAUCUAUUCUGCAAAGUAAACAUAGCAACAACAUCAUUAAAAAUAGGCAGACAGAGGAAAUGCCACAUUAAUUAGUAUUUGUCUGAUGGGUUUUAUGCUGUCUUUCACGUGGCGGAUUUCCUUAAGAAUGCAAAUCACAUGUCUGAAUACAGAACAGCAUAUUCUGCAGUCUACGGUUCUCUUUCCCUCCCCGCACCCCCCGCCACUGACUUUGAACUCUUAACAUCAGAACUCCCGUUGAAUCUUAAUAACUUUUAGUAUCCCAAUGUCUUGUACCUUUCGGUGCUAAAUGUAAGGAGAGAGCUGUCGUUUCCCCAAAUCAGCUGGUGCAGUGCUCUGUGCAGAGAAUUAAAUCAGGGAAUGCCUACCUAAAAGAAUAAAUAAAAAUGGGAAAUUAUGGGUUGGUUCCUAAGACACAAGAGCAAAGUUCUACUCACAUAACAGGCCUUUCCUGCUAAGUCCCUCUGGGCACUCUGAAAAUCAACUUGUGAGGCUUGGGGUAUCAGAGAUGGAACCAGGGGGACUGUACCUUUUUUGAACAGGUGCCUUACUCACGGUAACCUUUGGAUCCAGCCAUAUGUAUAAACUUCUCCGUGCAACUACUAGAGUAAAAGCAGUCACACACUUGAGAAUAAAUAAAACAGUGAAAGAAGCACUCAUUAGCUUCCCUCUGCAGCUUUCGUUUUCACACUCAUAUUCUACCAAUUAACAGUUUUUUGCAGACUGCCAAGCCAUCCGACCAAGUGAUGAUGCAAUUGCACUGCUUUGAAAAGGUGUGAAUCUCCAGUAACUUAGCAGUAAGAACAGCAAAAGAGUCUUGUGGCACUUUAAAGGCACCUUAUGUUCACAGACCACAGUCCACUUAUAUCAUUUUCCUUUUUUUCGGUGAAGCAAAUGAGAGCAGAAGGAGCUCCCCUGACUUGAAGACUUUUGGGUCUGGCUGAGCUGUUUCAAUAAUAAUAAUAAUAAUAAUAAUAAUAAUAAUAAUAAUUUAUUUGUACCCUGCCCAUCUGGCUGGGUCUCCCCAGCCACUGGGCAGCUUCCAACAAAGAUUAAAAAUACAUUAAAAUGUCACACAUUAAAAACUUCCCUGAAAGGACUGCCUUCAGAUGUCUUCUAAAUGUCAGGUAGCUGUUUAUCUCUUUGCCAUCUGAUAGGAGGGCGUUCCACAGGGCUGGUGCCACUACCAAGAAGGCCCUCUGCCUGGUUGCCUGUAGCUUGUUUCUCACAGUGAGGGAACCGCCAGAAGGCCCUCAGCACUGGACCUCAGUGAACAAUGGAGGUGGAGACGCUCCUUCAGGUAUACUAGGCUGAGGCCAUUUAGGGCUUUAAAGGUCAGCACCAACACUUUGAAUUGUGCUCGGAAAUGUACUGUGAGCCAAUGUAGGCAUUUCAUUUUUCUCGUUGCUGGCUUGAUAGACAUAUAGACUAUCUGCUGCUGUUAUUUUUAACUUGUUUUUAUUAAGGGUUGUAUCCAUUGGUGCCCUUCCACAACCAAAUUCUUCCGUUCACAGUCUUUGCUAACAGGACAGGAAGAGCAAUGAUUAUUGCCAUUCCUUCCUUCCUUCUGCCGCAGCCCACAACCACCAUCUUCCAUACCAGAAUCGUAAAAUUGUAGAUUUGGAAGGGACCCUGAGGAUCAUCUAGUCCAACCCCCUGCAACCUUGGCGUCAUGAGCAUCACAUUCUAACCCACUGAGCUACCCAGUCCCAGAAUAUCGGAAGCAGAUUUUCAGGGAACUGUACAGGGGAGGGAAAUUGGCAAAAAGCCCCUCUCCUCCUCUUGCAGGGGAUGCAGGUGGCGCUGUGGGUUAAACCACAGAGCCUAGGACUUGCCGAUCAGAAGGUCGGCGGUUCAAAUCCCUGCAACGGUGUGAGCCCCCAUUGCUUGGUCCCUGCUCCUGCCAACCUAGCAGUUCGAAAGCAUGUCAAAGUGCAAGUAGAUAAAUAGGUACCACUCCAGCAGGAAGGUAAACGGCAUUUCCGUGUGCUGCUCUGGUUCGCCAGAAGCAGCUUAGUCAUGCUGGCCACAUGACCCGGAAGCUGUACGCUGGCUCCCUCGGCCAAUAAAGCGAGAUGAGUGCCGUAACCCCAGAGUCGGCCACGACUGGACCUAAUGGUCAGGGGUCCCUUUACCUUUACCUUUUACCUCCUCUUGCAGAGUCAUCCUGGAUCAAAAGUCUUCCCGCGAAAAGAAGAGCACCAGCAAAUUCAGCCCCAAGAAGUGUGCAACAUGCCCUCUUUAAAAAUAAUUAAACGUCUAAUCCUAUAUAUACAAAAACCAACAUAGCCCCAGCAAUUAAUUCAUUUCUAAUUACUUCUUUCUCUAUAAAAUAUCAUGAAGUAGGAAGCACAUCCCUCUGGCCAUGACUGCGGCUCCCUAAGCCUGUUUUUCAGUCAACUUUAUUUCCUUUCCUAGGAUACUGCAAGAGAAGCCUGUUCUGCCCUCAACAAACUUGUAACAGCUAUCAGCUUCAACAAAUGAACUAAAUAUACCCUUCAAAGCAGCCAAAUUAAAGGAAAAAAACACAACUGUUAGGAAGGCGAAAAACAGUGCUAGAAAGGUAAACUAAUUGCAGUGGCGUGCUAUCUCCUCGUCAGCCUAAGAUAUGCAUUCUUUGGCAAAGGCGUAAAAGAGAAAGCGGGGUGUGUGAGAGAGAGAUUUAACUUAUAAAAGAAACUCCCUUUUAAAGCACUUUCCCUCCCUCAUUGAAAUUCAGUAGAAAUUCCACCAUCACUCAACUCAGUUGUGAAUUAAAGUAAGCCCCUGGACAUUGUCGUGUUCAGCAUUUUAAUAAGCCCAGACAUCACACAUGUUAAAUUUGCUUCCAGUCUAAGUAGCACUCGCUUGCUUCCUUGUUAAAAUCAAAGUUUUGCUGUUGUCAAACUAUUUUAAUUAUUCCAUGCCUUUGUUCAGGAGGGUACACAGCAAAGGAAAUGCCUCGUUGCCAGACAAAUUCCUGGGAUCAGAAUCCUGCACAUUUUUUUACCUAUCAGGAAGGUUUGCAUGUAAUACGAAGUUUCUUCCUUCUCCCCCUCUCACCUCCCUAGUCUUUCCUAGUGGAAUCUUUGGAGUUACCGUAUUUUUCGCUCUAUAGGACACACUUUUUUCCCUCCAAAAAUUAAGAGGAAAUGUGCGUGUGUCCUAUGGGGCGAAUGCAGGCUCUUUGGCUUCAGCGAUAGCAACGCGAAGCCUCCGAAGCGCAGAGGGAGCGCUCCCUCCACGCUCCGGAGGCUUCGCGUUGCUUUCGCUGAAGCCUGGAGAGCGAGAGGGGUUGGUGUGCACCGACCCCUCUCGCUCUCCAGACUUCAGGGAUGGCCGCCUGAAGCCUUCGGAGCGCAGCGCGAGUUCCCGCUUCACUCCACAGGUGUCAGGUUCCUUUUGCUGAAGCCAGGAGAGCAAGACUCUCCUGGCUUUAGCAGAGAGGAAGAGCUGCGCAGCGCCCCUUCAGCCAAGCGGGAGGAGAAAUGGAAGGGGCUCCGUUUCUCCUGCCACUUUGCUGAAGGGGCGCUGAACAGAGAGGGGGAGAAUUUCUUUUUCUUGUUCUCCCCCUCUAAAACAAGGUGCGUCCUAUGGUCGGGUGCGUCCUAUAGAGCGAAAAACACGGUAUUUCAAUAGCCUGAACACUGGCUCCUUAGGCACAUACUAGUAUGUGGUGGUACUUAAUGCCAAUCGACAUGUUUCACAGAAGAUGCAUGUAUCAACCUUCCAGUGUACAGUGGUGCCUCGCAAGACGAAAUUAAUCCGUUCCACGAGAGUCUUCGUCUAGCGGUUUUUUCGUCUUGCGAAGCAAGCCCAUUGACGGAUUAGCGCUAUUAGCGCUAUUAGCGGUUUAGCGGCUAUUAAAGGCUUAAAGGCUUAGGGGAUUAGCUGCUAAAAGGCUAUUAAAGGCUAUUAAAGGCUUAGCAGAUUAGAUAAAGGGGAAAAGCGAAAAAAAACCUCAAGACUCGCAAGGUAUUUUCGUCUUGCGAAGCACGCCCAUAGGGGAAUUCGUCCGGCGAAGCAACUUCAAAACGGAAAACCCUUUCGGCUCGCGGUUUUUCCGUCUUGCGAGGCCUUCGUCUUGCGGGGCACCACUGUAUACACAUGUCUGUGUAUGCAUUGUUUUUAAUUAAAAGUAGCAGGGCUGCAAAUUUGAUGGGAAGAGUUGGUCCCUGCCCGCCCCUCAAAAAAACUCCCAAACAGCUUUUUAAUUGCUCCUCUUGCAGGACCAGAGACAUCACCCAAUAACUCAGCAGGGCAGUGUAAGAAUAUGUAGGAAGCUCAAAAGUAAUAACCAGCAAUAGCAAAGGGAAAUGGAAAUGAGCUAAAGAGAGUGGAAAUGAGGGAGAAGAGACAGGUUCAGAUUAUUCGAUGGGUUAGGAGGCCCAAUAACUGCGCUGCGUGAAACUAUCUUAAUAAAAUAAACUGCUUAUAUUUGGAGCCCUUCCAGACAGCCUGUUUACGGAGGAUUCAUUCUGAUUUACCUAAUGGUCAGGGGUGCCAUCGGGUGGGGGGGCUGAGGCCCCCCAAAAGAUUUCAAAGAAGGGUUUGGGUUUUGCCGCGGCUGGGUGCACACAGUUGCUGGUGGUUAUGUCUUUCUAAUAAUAAUAAUAAUGUGUUUUUUAUACCCCACCCAUGUGGCUGGGUUUCCCCAGCCACUCUGGGCGGCUUCCAAUAAAACACUAAAAUACAUUAAUGCAUCAAACAUUAAAAGCUUCCCUAAACAGGGCUGCCUUCAGAUGUCUUCUAAAAGUUUGGUAGUUAUUUUUCUCUUUGACAUAUGGUGGAAGGGUGUUCCACAGGGCGGGUGCCACUACCGAGAAGGCCCUCUGCCUGGUUCCCUGUAACUUGGCUUCUCGCAGCGAGGGAACUGCUAGAAGGCCCUCAGUGCUGGACCUCAGUGUCUGGGCAGAACGAUGGAGGUGGAGACGCUCCUUCAGGUAUACUGGGCCGAGGCCGUUUAGGGCUUUCAAGGUCCACACCAACACUUUGAAUUGGGCUCAGAAACGUACUGGGAGCCAGUACAGGUCUUUGAAGACUGGCGUUAUAUGGUCUCGGCGGCUGCUCCCAGUCACCAGUCUAGCUGCCGCAUUCAAGCGAAAGAUAACUAGAGCACGCACCACUCUGGUGAGACAGUCUGCGGGCAGGUAGGGUCUCAGCCUGCGUACCAGGUGGAGCUGAUAAACAGCUGCCCUGGACACAUAAUUGACCUGCGCCUCCAUGGACAGCUGUGAGUCCAGAAUGACUCCCAGGCUGCGCACCUGGUCCUUCAGGGGCACAGUUACCCCAUUCAGGACCAGGGAGUCCUCCACACCCGCCCACCUCCUGUCCCCCCAAAACAGUACUUCUGUCUUGUCAGGAUUCAACCUUUUGGAAGUGGAUGAGAUAGACCAGAGAUGUCCAACAGGUCGAUCACAAUCUGCUGGUAGAUUCCUGUGAGGUUUUGGUAGAUCGCGCUGGAUCUCUGGAUCCCUUUCCUUAGCGCCGCUAAAAUUUACUCCUUCCCUGCCCCCUCACCCCGCCCUCCGUUGUUGUUUGAUCUCUGGAAGGGAAGAUGGAGCUAUCUCUGCGCUGCUGUUUUCAUCCAUAGUGAUCUUUUUGUGAGUGACUUUACCCCUUUGUCCCUUGCCUUUAACCCCCCCCCACGGAAGUUUAACCCCCCAAAAGCUUUUUUAAACCCCCUAAAAAGCGGGGCUUUUCUGCUCCCUAAAAAAGCUCAGCAACUUUGAGCUGAACCCCCUAAAACGGAGGUAGAUCACUGCCAGUUUUUAAUUCUGAAAGUAGAUCGCAGUCUCUUGAGAGUUGGCCACCCCUGUGCUAAACCAGUGUCUUGCCUGGGCAGUGGACUGAGUGGUGAUAAAAAUGACGACGAUAAAAAUAAUAAAGGAAGAUCGUACAGUGUAUCUUAAUUUUCUUAAUGCAGGGAAAGUCAGCACAAGCUGUCCAACCAUAUCCAGUCAUCUUUCUGUGACAAGGCUUUGUGCCUUGAACAGCUGUGAUUUGCAUGCAGAAAUUCAGCAGUUCUGUCACCACGUCAGGAAGAGUUGCACCUGUUGGAUUUUAUCAAGCAGCUGUUAAAGGCACAGAACAUUUGUCAAGGGGGAAAAAAGGUAGCGACUCCAGGCCAUAGCUGUCAACUUUUCCCUUUGGUUGCAAGGAAUCCUAUUCGGAAUAAGGGAAUUUCCCUUAAAAAAAGGGAAACGUUGACAGCUAUGCUCCGGACAUAACAGACCAGAGCCUUGUCUUGAUUGUUCCUUCAAGGUGCAAUCUGUCCCUGUCCAACAAACACGGCUUCCCCCAUAAACAGAUGGUGAUCCAGGAUUUAAUCUAAUAUGAAACAUUUUAAAGAAAUAGAUUUUGCCCCUUACCAGAUUCAGGAAAUAGAAAAUUGUUUUCAAUACUUCUAGAUAGUUCACUGAAAACAAGAUUUCUGUUUCAGUUUUAGCUAACUUUAGUUGCAUCAAGGCCUAACAAGUCGAAAACAUUUAGACUUUGAUGUAACUGAAUGUAGUUGUGACGUGAUUCAGUUCAUUUGAAAUCAGUGAUGCAAGUUAAUGGCGACUGAAUUAAAUCCUGUUGCUUUCAGUGGUGCUGCAGCUGUGCACCUACCUAUCUGAGAAAGUAAGAGUUGUUCAACAGUGGGACGGUCUCCAUCGGGAGCUUGUGGACUGUCCUUCACUGGAGGUUUUUAAGCAGAGGUUGGAUAGCCAUCUGUCAUGGAUGCCUUAGGUGAAAUUCUUUCAUUGCAGGGUUUGGACUAGAUGACCCCUGGGGUCACUUCCAACUCUAGGGUUCCAUGAAAUACUGUUGUUGUUGUUGUUGUUUAGUCAUUUAGUUGUGUCCGACUCUUUGUGACCCCAUGGACCAGAGCACGCCAGGCACUCCUGUCUUCCACUGCCUCCCGCAGUUUGGUCAAACUCAUGCUGGUAGCUUUGAGAACACUAUCCAACCAUCUCGUCCUCUGUCAUCCCCUUCUCCUUGUGCCCUCCAUCUUUCCCAACAUCAGGUUCUUUUCCAGUGAGUCUUCUCUUCUCAUGAGGUGGCCAAAGUAUUGGAGUCUCAGCUUCAGGAUCUGUCCUUCCAGUGAGCACUCAGGGCUGAUUUCCUUAAGAAUGGAUAGGUUUGAUCUUCUUGCAGUCCAUGGGACUCUCAAGAGUCUCCUCCAGCACCAUAAUUCAAAAGCAUCAAUUCUUCGGCGAUCAGCCUUCUUUAUGGUCCAGCUCUCACUUCCAUACUCGGCAUAGUUCAUAGCUUCUCUGAGUUAUUCAAGCCCCUUCGCCACGGCAAGGCAGUGAUGCAUGAAGGGGAUGGAAUACUGUAUCUUCAUGCCUUUCCGCCCCCCAAAACCAGCUUCGAUCCGAAUUGAGAAAAAGAAUAACCUCACUGUGUUCCAAGCUAGUAGUGUUGCGAAGAUUGUGAUCAAAAUGGGGCCAUUGUGAAAUAACAGAAGUAUCAGUAUGGUUGGGGGAAUCCCAAGAUUUGCAGAAGUACAAAAAUAUCUUCACACACACACACACACACACACACACACACACACGAUCAGACUGGUGUAAGGAAGCUAACAACAGUGCAAUGAGGAACAGUGGAAUGUAGACUGUCAUCUGGAAAAGAGAAAUGGAAAGAGCGUGGGAAUCCCAGAUUGGAGAAACUAGCUGUCUAGAGCCCUGAACAGAAGCACAUUUUACAUGCGGAUCCUUUUGAAUGAAAGGGCAGGGUAGAAAUCAGUUAAUUAACCGAAUAUUGAGAUAAGGUGAUUCUUUAUUUACUAGUCUUUUUGCUUUUGUCUGUAAAUGCAACUGUCUCGUUAAAACCAAGGAGGAAAAUGCACAGACAAUACAUUUGAAAUCUACGUUUGCAAGCGAGUUCUCGAUGGAGGUUGCAAUGUCGUAGGAGAUGCUUUCACCAAGGGGAAAGCCUAUAAAUGACUGGCCGCAAGCCAGAACAAAAGUUGAUAUGUUUAUGAAGCCCUGUUGGUUUCAGUGAGAUUCAUGGCUGUUGUCUACGGUCAUUGCUAUCAAGUUUGUUAAUACUGCUGAUGGGAUUGUGAAAUCACAGGAGUGAUUUUAUGACCUGUUCUUCUUACGUUCUACUUCUGCUUUCGUCUUUCUUCUUUAUGUGACGCUUUGCUUCUUCUAACAUCCUGACACCUCUUUCUUAUUUAAGCCUCAAAUAAUCUAACAGCAUAAUCUCAACACGGUCUACUGAGAAGUCCUAUUAUAUUGCAGUUUUAUGUUGCAAACUCCCCAAUAUCUAUGGGUAUAGGGCUGUAUACUAACUAAAUCAAUCAAUCAAUCAAUCAAUCAAUCAAUCAGUAGGGCUUGCUCUCAGGAGGUGAGGGAGUAAGCACUACUGAAUUCAGUGGUAUUUAUUAGUGCAGGUGUUCCAUUUGUACGCCACCAUUUUCCUCCAAGAAGCUCAAGGUGUGACAUACAUAGUUCUGCCUUUUUUCAUUUAAUUCCCACAUAAACCCUGUGAAGUAGUUUACCCUGUGAGAGGCAAUAACUGGCCCAAGGUCACUAAAGGACAUUCUGGUCUCCCAGAUCUUAAAGGUAAAGGGACCCCUGACUGUUAGGUCCAGUCGUGGCCAACUCUGGGGUUGCGGCGCUCAUCUCGCUUUAUUGGCCAAGGGAGCCGGCGUACAGCUUCCGGGUCAUGUGGCCAGCAUGACUAAGCCGCCUCUGGCAAACCAGAGCAGCACACGGAAAUGCCGUUUACCUUCCCGCCGGAGCGGUACCUAUUUAUCUACUUGCACUUUGACGUGCUUUCGAACUGCUAGGUAAGCAGGAGCAGGGACCAAGCAACGGGAGCUCACCCCAUCACGGAGAUUCGAACCGCCAACCUUCUGAUCGGCAAGUCCUAGGCUCUGUGGUUUAACCCACUUACCACCCGUGUCCCUCCCAGAUCUUAGUCAUACUCUAACCACUAUGCAACGCUGCCUAUCUGUCUACUUCUGAGUAUAAAUGCUUAAAAUUGCAUUGUUCGUCUGAUUCUUCAACUCUGCAUCCUUUUUCUUUGACUGCUUCCAUUCCUUUCCAUAAGAAGUUCAACUUCCGUCACCCACUUUUAGAGACACAACCCCCAUUUUUCUCUGCAUUCUCUUGCUGCUAUUUUUAUUAUGCUCACUUGCCUUUCAUCCUGAGUAUUGUGCCCCUUUGCUCUCUCCUCCCUCCAAUCCCAACCAGCUCUUUCUCACUUCCUCUUCAAUUGCCACCCUUCCCCCUCUUUCCUUUACAUUUCCUUGACUGCUGGUCUGUAGGCAAGGCCACAGCUUCCUUAAUCACUAAUACAGAAGCUAGUUUUCCUGUAGGAAUCCAAUAAAAAUACUGUUCUGUAUCAUCAAAGAUGCUAAAAUUAUACCUCCUGCAGAAGAUAUACCGUAUUUUUCGCUCUAUAGGACGCACUUUUUCCCCUCCAAAAAUUAAGGGGGAAUGUGUGUGCGUCCUAUGGAGCGAAUGCAGGCUCCUUGGCUUCAGCGAUAGCAACGCGAAGCCUCCAAAGCGCAGAGGGAGUGCUCCCUCCGUGCUCCGGAGGCUACACGUUGCUUUCGUUGAAGCCUGGAGAGCUCUCCAGGCUUCAGGGAUAGCCUCCUGAAGCCUUCGGAGCACAGUGCAAGUUCCCGCCGUGCUCCGCAGGCUUCAGGUUCCUUUCACUGAAGCCAGGAGAGCAAGACUCUUCUGGCUUCAGCAGAGAGGGAGAGCUGCGCAACGCCCCUUCAGCCAAGCGGGGGGAGAAAUGGAACGGGCUCCGUUUCUCCUGCCACUUCACUGAAGGGGCGCUGAGCAGAGAGGGGGAUAAUUUUUUUUCUUGUUCUCCUCCUCUAAAACAAGGUGUGUCCCAUGGUCGGCUACGUCCUAUAGAGUGAAAAAUACGGUAAACAUUUGAAGAUUGCCUGACUUAAUCCAGCCAAAGCUUAACAAUUUGGAUUGAUUUCAGAGUCUUCCUUUCUCGAUGAAAUGAAUUGAACUUUGAAGUGAUUGACUUGACCUGGCUGUGUACACAUUAAUGUUUACUCCAGCUCAAGCGCACUCCCACCGCUGGCAUUUGAAGCCAAGUAAAGCGGGUGGUGCUGUGGUCUAAACCACUGAGUUUGGGCUUGCCGAUCAGAAGGUCGGCGGUUUGAAUCCCCAUGACAGGGUGAGCUCCCGUUGUUCGGUCCCUGCUCCUGCCAACCUAGCAGUUCAAAAGCACGUCAAAGUGCAAGUAGAUAAAUAGGUACCGCUCUAGCGGGAAGGUAAACGGCGUUUCCGUGUGCUGCUCUGGUUCGCCAGAAGCGGCUUAGUCAUGCUGGCCACAUGACCCGGAAGCUGUACGCCGGCUCCCUUGGCCAAUAAAGUGAGAUGAGUGCCACAACCCCAGAGUCGUCCGCAACUGGACAAUGGUCGGGGUCCCUUUACCUUUACCUAUGCAUGACAUAAGACACUGUCCCUAGGUAUCCUGCAGUUUCUUGAAAAAAUACUCCUGUUUGAUGUGCUUUCCUUCAAACCAGCUUCCAUCUGAUUAGAAAACGGAAGCCAUGGUUGAGCUGAGGUGUGUACAUUGCAGGCAGUUGUCGCACAUGCUCAGAUGACCGCUUCCGUGAAUUGGGAGUUUGGUGCAGGGAAACAAAUCAGGUAAUGGGCAUAAAGUGAAGGCAUUGCUGCCCCUGCUCAGGUGUCUGCAACAACAUAAAAAUGUGACUUGAAAUGCAACAGGGGAUAACGGCCUUGCUGCAUUUUAAGCCGCAAAUUUGUACGCAGCCUGGGUCGUGCGCUAUCUUUGCAAGGACUGGGUUCAGUAUCAUAAUGGCACAUUGUGCAUCAGCGGCGUAGCUAGCUGCUUGGGCGCCUGGGCAGCGCGGAGCAUGCUGGCAACUGAGCCACUACGUCGCUCCCAGGAGAGACGCAUGGCUUGGGCACAGUGCAGGCCCCGCGGUAAGGGCUGCCCCCACGCCCCCCCCAGCUAUGCCUCUGUUAUGCAUUUAUAUGAGUUGCAGAAGAAGAAGAAGAGUUUGGAUUUGAUAUCCCGCUUUAUCACUCCCCUUCAGGAGUCCCAAAGCGGCUAACAUUCUCCUUUCCCUUCCUCCCCCACAACAAACACUCUGUGAGGUGAGUGGGGCUGAGAGACUUCAGAGAAGUGUGACUAGCCCAAGGUCACCCAGCAGCUGCAUGUGGAGGAGCGGAGACGCGAACCCGGUUCACCAGAUUGCGAGUCUAUCACUCUUAACCUCUACACCACACUGGCUCUCCUGCAGGAAUGGGGUGGGCCAAAUUGUUUCCCUCCUUUCCAGUCCCUAAGGGGGAAAGGUAAUAGGGUUCACAGCAGCUGGCGGUUUCGUUUCAUUCCACUUUUAGUUUGCAUAACCGCCUUUCUAUAUUACUCUAUGCAAAGCGGUUUACAAGCUGAAGAAACAACAAAUAUCACACACCUUAUAACAAUCUGAUUCAUUUAUUUUGUUUUUAUAUUCUGCUGGAAGCCACCUGGAGUGUCUGGGGAAAACCGAGCCAGAUGGGCGGGGUAUAAAUAACAAGAUUAUUAUUAUUAUUAUUAUUAUUAUCCAAUGCAAAACAUAAGUUAAAAAUAAUCAACUUACAUCAAAUAAAGUAAUAUUCAAUAAUCCGUUAUUGCGGUAUGAAAUUAAGUAUCAGCAAACAAUAAUUAAAAAGAAGUUCACUCUUAACAAUUACAAUUAAUGAUUAUAAAACUGUAAUCAAUAAUCUAGGCUAUGUGGGAAUAGAGGAAGCUGCUUCAUACUCAGUCGGACCAUUUGUCCAUCUACUCCAGUAUUGUCUACACAGACUGGCAGCAGCAACUUUCCAGGGUUUCAGGUAGGGGACAUUGCCUGGAGUUGCCAGGCAUUGAACCUGAGACCUCCUGCCUCCAAAAUACCUGCUCUGCCCCUGAGCUGUGGCCCUUCCCCUGAAGGAGCGUCUCCACCCCCAUUGUUCAGCCCGGACACUGAGGUCCUGCUCUGAGGGCCUUCUUACAGUUCCCUCCCUGUGAGAAGUGAGGUUACAGGGAACCAGGCAGAGGGCCUUCUUGGUGGUGGCGCCCGCCCUGUGGAACGCCCUCCCGCCAGAUGUCAAGGAAAUAAAGAACUAUCUGACUUCUAGAAGACAUCUGAAGGGAGCCCUGUUUAGGGAAGUUUUUAAUGUCUGAUGUUUUACUGUGUUUUUAAUAUUCUGUUGGGAGCUGCCCAGAGUGGCUGGGGAAACCCAGCCAGAUGGGCGGGGUAUAAGUAAUAUAUUAUUAUUAUAUGUAGGAACCCCAUGCAAAAUGCACAUCAGCGUGUAGGUAUUUCCAUUAACACUUUACUAACCCCGCCUCUCCUCUCUCUUUGACAUGCUGCUAGAAAGUGAACCACCAAAGGGUAAGCUGAAUUGUGCAGUAUGCAAAUUUCCACAAGGACAUUCCUGUGUUUCUCGUCUUUUGGGGGUCGACUCAGCUUCACUCAAGCCAGGCCUGGAAGGGGUGCUUGGAGCUAGAAUCUUUAAAUAUAGUGGACUGGACUGUCUUAAUUAAAUGCAUGGUGCCCUUGCUGAGGAAAACAUUGCUUUGCGUAUAUUGAUGGAGAACAGAAGCGACAUGAUUUUGGUCACAGCAAUUCACAAAGUGUGUUGCUGUUUGUCUUAAGCCCAUUUCUGUGUUCAAAGAGAAGUGCUGAAACUGCUUUUGUGAAAAGCGUCUGGCUUAGAGGUGGUGAACAUGUGGUCCUCCAAAAGCUUUUUUUGGUACUGUUUUUAUUAAUAUUUCAUUAAGAGAAUUUCAUUUGUAAAAAAGAUAAAGAAAGAAGGGGAAGAAAGAAGGAAAAGAAUGAGAGAGGUUGAAAAAAGAAAAUAAAAAAAUGCUGUUACAUUUCCAUGCAUUAUUAUACAGAUCUAUGUAUUCUUUUUAUCCUAAUACAGUGGUGCCCCGCAAGACGAAUGCCUCGCAAGACGGAAAACCCACUAGACGAAAGGGUUUUCCGUUUUUCAAUGCGCUUCGCAGGACAAAUUUCCCUAUGGGCUUGCUUCGCAAGAUGAAAAUGUCUUGCGAGUCUUGAGAUUUUUUUUUCGCUCCCCCCCCCCUUUAUCUAAGCCGCUAAGCCUUUAAUAGCCUUUUAGCAGCUAAGCCGCUAAGCCACUAAGCCUUUAAUAGCCGCUAAACCGCUAAUAGCGCUAAUCCGUUAAGCCGCUAAUAGGGUUGCUUCGCAAGACGAUAAAAACCGCUAGACGAAGAUACUCACGGAACGGAUUAAUUUCGUCUUGCGAGGCACCACUGUACUCAUAUAAUUGUCAGUAACCUAACCCAUUCUGUGUAAACUCAUUCCAGAUACCAUUGUAUUAAUCCAAAGAAAGACUGCGUCUAUAAACUGUCCAUUCAUAUGUUCCCAGUGUUAUCAAGCCAUUGUUAAAGGGAAUCGUAUCUCUAUUUUUCCCAUUCAUCAGUAUCAGUCUCUUGGUCACCAUUAGUGCACGUAGAAUCCAUUUUUGCUGUCCUAUUGUCAAUUUCCAUACAAUGGGUAUAUAGUUCAAGAGCACAUUCACCUCUGAAAAUCUUAAAAAUUUCCCCAAGUGUCUUGCUUAUAGAGUCCAGCACUUUCUCCUAAAACUUAAUAAGUGUGGGACACAGUAAAAGCAUAUGUUUCGAAGAAGCAUUAUCCAUAUUACAUCUCCAACAAAGAGCUACAUUAAAUAGUCUUUUUGUGCUGGUCCCGGGGGGAAGGUUACCGUUGGCGUAGUCAAAGUCCGGUCCUGGGUCACUAGCCUGGAAACAGUUCACAAGGAGCGGGGCGAGGUCCGAAGCAGGAAGCCAGGCGGGGACAGGAACACUGGAGGGUCAGGUCUGGGUCCGGGCAGGAACAGGUACUCAACAACGACGUUGCUCCCGCAACCUGGGACCGGGCUGACUGGCCUUUAUCUUCUCUGAGGCCAGGGGCGGUCCCGGCCCCCAGGAGACCCGCCUCUCCUGGCCUUAAGGCGAGCACUCCUCCUGGGAGAAACCAGUUCCCUUCGCCUCUCUGCCCUGAGCCUCUGCAGUUCAGGAGAGGCUGAAGGGUUACUGGGCCCAGGGGGAGACUCACCUGUAUGCACUGAGUCCUCAACCACCUCUGGAGCCAGAGUGGAUUCACCUGGUGCCUGCUCCUGAGGAUCCGGCACAGGUGCAGGCGCCUCAGAAUCAAGGCCCUGCCCCUGUUCAGCCGGCCCUGGAGGCGGGGACUCCUGUGCAGGCUGGGAUUCCUCCGGUUCACCCUCUGAAUCGGAUUCCCAGGCCAUCACACUUUUCUUAUACAAACAUAAGGGAGUCCAAUAGAUUCUAAAUUGUAUUUUCUGUUGUAGAAGUCUUAGUUUAAGAUCUAGCGAUACAUCAAAUACCAAAGCCAAAUGUGGUCCUUUAAACAUUAUUGAACUACGGUUCACAGCAGCCGUAGCCAAAGUAGACAGUGAUCAGGGAUGAUGAGAGUUGUAGCCAUUUACCACAAUAUCAGUAAAGAUAAAGUAAAGGGACGUGGGUGGCACUGUGGGUUAAACCACAGAGCCUAGGGCUUGCCGAUCAGAAGGUCAGCGAUUCGAAUCCCUACGACAUGGUGAGCUCCCGUUGCUCUGUCCCUGCUCCUGCCCACCUAGCAGUUUGAAAGCAUGUCAGUGCAAGUAGAUAAACAGGUACCGCUCCGGCGGGAAGGUAAAUGGCGUUUCCGUGCGCUGCUCUGGUUCGCCAGAAGCGGCUUAGUUGCUGGCCACAUGACCCGGAAGCUGUACGCCGGCUCUCUCGGCCAAUAAAGCGAGAUGAGUGCCGCAACCCCAGAGUCGGCCACGACUAGACCUAAUGGUCAGGGGUCCCUUUACCUUUACCUUUAAGUAAAGAUCAGUACAAUCCAGGAUAGAAUUAAGUGCAUUAAAGCACAUUGUAUUCUGUGUACUGUGGUGUUCUAGUUAAUUCUACAGGCUUUGUGAUAAUUCUGUGGGUAGGCUAAAUGACUUAAGAGUCCUCAACUCCAGAUGCUUGAUGGAAUGACAUGUAACAUUGGCUUCCUUAGCAAAUUCCAAACUUAUGAACUGGGUGACAUCCAACUAAAGUUGAAAAUGAAAAAAAAUAAUAAAAAUAAUAGCAGCUGUGACUCAGGGGAUAGCAUAUGGCUAAGCUGAGCACACACCCAGGCAAUUCUGAGAAUGUCCCUUUCUCAGAAGCUGCUCUCCACAGAAUUCCCAAAUUGCUGUUUCCUGGACCCUGAGUUCAAGACAGAGUGCUGAAUUCAUCUAGCCCAGAACGCUAGCAGAAGGCAGCUCAAGGACUCCUGCUAGCACAACUGCCCCCCCCCCUUAGGCUUGUACAAUAAUCUAUAGUGGUACCUUGGGUUACAGAUGCUUCAGGUUACAGACUCCGUUAACCCAGAAAUAGUACCUCGGGUUAAGAACUUUGCUUCAGGAUGAGAACAGAAAUCGUGCAGCGGCAGCGGGAGACCCCGUUAGCUAAAGUGGUACCUCAGGUUAAGAACAGUUUCAGGUUAAGAACGGACCUCCAGAACAAAUUAAGUUCUUAACCCGAGGUACCACUGUAUCCAUAUAUCGCCCAGGACCGGUAUUAGGGGCAGACCGCCAUGACGGCUCCUGAGCCCUUCUGCUACCAUCGCCCAGCACGCUGAGGGAAAAACAAACUGCAGCCAGGCGCUGGAGGCAGAGGGACUCGGGAGCAGUGGCAGUUUCGCCAGCGAUGUACCCCUGAGUGAAACCGCCAGCUUGUUCCUCCCUCUGCUUCAACAAGCCUCAUGUCCCUCUGGCUGGAGCACGCUGAAGGAACAUGGGGCUUCCUCAGCUGGGGGGCAAGAAGGCUCGAAGAAGCACUCCUGCCCCCCAGCUGAGCCUUGCCAGUCUCCCUUGCCUUCCGCCACCCUGGGAUGGGUGAGGGGAGGUGCCAAUGGGCUGCUUCUUCAUCCAGGGAGGGAGAGGCUUGCUCCCGUCCCUGCCCGUGCCAAGGCAGCGGAUGAGGCAGGCCUAGAAACAGAGGGUUGGCACUGCUGCCUCAUCCGCCACUGCUUGGACAUGGGCUCUUUUCUGACACUGUGAUGUACAGUGGUACCUCAGGAUGCGAAUGGGAUCCGUUCCGGAGCCCGUUCGCAUCCUGAAUGGAACGUAAGACUCGACGGCGUGUCUGCAUGUGCGCGGACCACGUUUUGCAGCUUCCGCGCAUGCGCAUGAUGUCUUUUGAGCAUCUGCGCAUGCACGAGCGGCAAAACUUUAGGUUACUUCCGGGUUGCCACGGAGCACAACCCGAAAGCGCUCAACCUGAAGCACAUUCAACUCGAGGUAUGACUGUACCGCCACAUCGCGGUAUUUAGUGGGCAGUAUAUUAUGACGUUGGCAAAUAGUUAUCACCCAGCCCUACCCCCCAUGCCUGCCCGAAACUUACUCUGGAGGGUCAGGAGAGACCCCAGGGCAGUGCACAGGGCAAAGGGGGGGGUGUUUCAUCUGGCGAGUAAUAAAUGCUUGCACUGCUGGGACCUUCAGAAGAACAUGGCAUCAAGUUCCCCUGACAGUCUGGAAAUUUCAUGUGAUCUUUUUCCACAGGCAAAAUAUUUUCAGGGCAUGAAUAUGCUGUCUGCCCAAGUUUAAAAAGCUGUUGAAAUCCUCCCCCCCCCCCUUAUGUGCAGCCCUUUGAGACAAAAUUCAGCUUGUAUCUAGGUGGUUGGUGGAUAUACCACUGGGGAAUGCAGCCAGUUUUCGAUACGAUACGAUAUCUUUAUUGUCAUUGUCCCAUACAGAACAAUGAAAUUGAAAAAUCUACAUAAGACAUUUAAAAACCCCUAAAAACUCUGAAACCCCAUUUUAAAAUACAAUAUACUAUAGAGACUCCUUAUAAUGCGUUUAAAACCAGAAUUGCAUUUGGAUAGAAACUGUUUCUCAGGCGGCUAGUCCUGGUCUUUAUAACCCUAUACCUUCUUCCAGAAGGCAGAAGCUGAAAGAGAUCAUUUCCGGGUGCGUACUAUCCUGCGCUAUCUCUGCAGCUUUCUUAUGGCACCUGGAAUCAUAGAUUUGAUCUAAGGUGGGAAGAGUGUACCCAGUUAUUCUCUCUGCAGUCUUUACAACCCUGGACGGCAUUGUUUUUUCCCUGGCCGUGCGGCUCCCAAACCACACACACAGACCAUAAGUUAAUAGACUCUCCACAGUACAAUGGUAAAAUGCCAUCAACAGGUCCUUUGAGAGAUUGUUUUUCUGGAGGAUUCUCAGAAAAUAUAACCUCUGCUGUGCUCUCUUCAUCAGGUCUUUGCUGUUUUCUCCCCAGGUUAGGUCAUCUCUCAACUCCAUUCCCAGAAAUCAAAACACCGAGACUUGUUCCACGCACUUCCCUCAAUAAUAAGUGGCUGAAUAUUCAAUUUACAUUUCCUAAAGUCCACAAUAAUCUCUUUUGUUUUCUUUAAGUUAAGGAGUUUCCUCUUUUUUUAAAAAAGAAAAAAAGAAAGCUGGCUAACCGUAGCCAUUGCGUCAGUAAGUUUCUGCUUAGAUUAGUAAGAAGAAGAAGAGCUUCAGCGGUGGGCAAGACCGGUCAGGGAGCCUCAUCUCCUGACUUGACAUCUGGCAGGAAAAAUAUCUUACCCUGGAGAAAACUAAGGCGUGAAGGAGACAGCUGGUUUGGAACAAAGGGGAGAUUAAAAGCAGCUUUAAAACAACAACAUAACCUUGCAUGUCAAAAUUGGUAAUGAUAGCGCUGUCUGAUGUGACUAAAAUGAGAUGGGCUGUGUUCUUGUGUGUGGACUGUGGAGGCCAGGGGUUGGGAACUUUGUAGCCUCCAGAUGUUGAUAAAAUGCAACUCCCAUCAGCACCAGCAAGCGUGGCCAACAGCCAGGGGUGAUGGGAGCUAUAGUUCAGUAACAUCUGGAGGACCAGAGGUUCCCCACAGCUGGAAUAGAUUGAUAAUGUGGGUGGGCGUGAGACGUGGCACAAACUGAUCCUAAGUUAGUCUCUCACAUUUCAAUUAAUAAUAAUAAUAAUAAUAAUAAUAAUAAUAAUAAUAAUAAUUUAUUUAUACCCCGCCCAUCUGGCUGGGCUUCCCCAGCCACUCUGGGCGGCUUCCCAAAAAAUAUUACAAUACUGUAAUACAUCAAGCAUUAAAAGCUUCCCUAAACAGGGCUGCCUUCAGAUGUCUUCUAAAAGUCUGGUAGUUGUUGUUCUCUUUGACAUCUGGUGCGAGGGCGUUCCACAGGGCGGGCGCCACUACCGAGAAGGCCCCCUGCCUGGUUUCCUGUAACUUGGCUUCUCGCAGUGAGGGAACCGCCAGAAGGCCCUCGGUGCUGGACCUCAGUGUCCAGGUAGAAUGAUGGGGGUGGAGACGCUCCUUCAAAUAUACUGGACCGAGGCCCUUUAGGGCUUUAAAGGUCAGCACCAACACUUUGAAUUGUGCUCAGAAACGCACUGGGAGCCAAUGUAGGUCUUUCAAGACUGGUGUUACAUGGUCUUGGUGGCCACUCCCAGUCACCAGUCUAGCUGCCGCAUUCUGAAUUAGUUGUAGUUUCCGGGUCACCUUCAAAGGUAGUCCCACGUAGAGCGCAUUGCAGUACUCCAAGCGGGAGAUAACCAGAGCAUGCAUCACUCUGGCGAGGCAGUCCGCAGGCAGGUAGGGUCUCAGCCUACGUACCAGAUGGAGCUGGUAAACAGCUGCCCUGGACACAGAUUUGACCUGUGCCUCCAUGGACAGCUGUGAGUCCAGAAUGACUCCCAGGCUGCGCACCUGGUCCUUCACCUGGUGGAAAGGUGGGGAAACCUGUUUCCAGAACAAUUUAGCAUCGUUCUUUAAGGAAGCGUUUAAUAGUAGGGACCAGGAAAUAUAUUCAAACGGCCUUUUCUUUGUUGCUGACAGUGCUUUAUAGUCUCUUUUAAAUUCAAGAUACGACUUAAGACCCACUUUCCUAUACUCUCUGCAAGAGUCCCCAAGAUCUUUUUUCUUUCCACGACAAUCAUGGUCGAACCAGUCACACCCUGUGGAAUUAAUGGUUUUGUCACCUGAAUUUACGUUAGUUGAGACCACAUCCUUUAGGAAUUCAGUAAGAUUAUCAUGUGCCUCAAUAGAAGCUUCUGCAGAUUAACCAUUUAUAAUUUUUGAUCUUAAAUGAAUUGCUGGUUCCAAAUUGAGUCUGGUGUUAACUGCAGUAGACUACAGUGGUACCUCAGGUUACAUACAUUUCAGGUUACAGACGCUUCAGGUUACAGACUCCACUAACCCGGAAAUAGUACCUCGGGUUAAGAACUUUGCUUCAGGAUGAGAACAGAAAUCGUGCCCGGCAGCGGAAGCCCCAUUAGCUAAAGUGGUGCUUCAGGUUAAGAACAGUCCUCCAGAACAAAUUAAGUACUUAACCAGAGGUACCACUGUACUUCAGAGACCGUUUUAUUCUUUGCUUCAUAGGGACAUCUGCCUCAGCGGUUUGGCAUCUGUAAUUAAUUAACUAAUAAGCAAACGUUCUAAAAGCAGCUUCUUUCAUUUUUCAGCGAGGGAAAUUUGGCCACAAAGCAAGUUGUUUUCCUCCAGAGGCCUGUUAUGUGGAGCCCAGCUGCUCAGACGCCUGAGGUAAGAACGAUGAUCUGAGUAGGUAUGAGUGAACAGAAAGAUGCAGGUGUGGCGCAACAGCUGUUAAAAUUAGCGUGUGUUGUUUGCAUGCUUCCACUGUGCUUCAUGACUGAGCAAGAGGAGUUUAAAGCCUCAGCCAGAGUUGUUGGCUCAGAGGAUUUUGCCCAACUUUUCUCCUGUUCUCUUCUUUAAACUUGCUUCUUCACAAAUAGGCUAAGAUAACACUGUGUAGACUUAGAAAAUAAUAAUAAUACAAUAACCACUAGCUCCCCCCCACCCCUUAGAUUCUUUGUUGAAUUUUCUGCAAAACCAUUUGGCAUUCCUCUGCAAUCCAGGGCAAGCAGACAAAUUAUGCCUGGGGCUGUGUCUGGGAAAGAAAGAACUUCAUUAUAACCCCAGCAGCAGCAACAGAGGUUUCCUUUCCCCCACUCCACAAUAAGGAGCACAUUGUGUGCGGUUACGCAAUGACUAGGAUGAGCUGUGCGACAGACUAUUAUCCGUUUCCUCACGGGUUGGAAAAAAAAGACGUUAAAAGGGCUCAGAAUAGUUUGUGCAGUUGCUGACCUCAGAUGAUCCGUCGUCCAGCUGGGUAAUUUCCCUGCGAGGAGUAUCUGUGCAAAAACCACACUGGCUAUUUUGCUGCCGCCUGAGAAGGGUGUGGUGGCAGAGGCCCCACGGCUUGCAGUUGCCCUCUCUCCAUAGUCACCGUGGCCAGAUCACUGGGUUAUUAUUAACAUUUUCUUUUUUUUCUUCUUUUUUUAUAAAUUUUUAAUUAGAUUUUCCACAAGGAUAACACAAACCGCAAAGCAGAAUGAUACACAAAAACAGAAGGGGGAAAAAGAGAACAAUAAACAGAUAGACAAUAACAACAAACUUCAUUCUUCACAAAUCCAACCUUUUAAACAUCUUGGUUGACUUCCUCAAAUCCCUCCCUUCUGAGUUUCCUUGUAAUUAACAGUAAAAGCUUUCCAAUAUCAUUAUUAAAUAAACAGUUUCCAAUUAUAGUCCAUCUUAGUCACUUUGCUUAACAUUCUAAAUCCCAUUUAUUUAAUUAUAACUUAGUUUAAUCCUAGGCCUAUGGGCCUAUUUGUUUCUUUCAAGUAAUUUCUAAUUUUUUAUAUUACAAUAUUUAUUCAAAUAGUCCUUAAAUUUCCUCCAGUCCUCUUGAAACUCCUCUUCUUUCUGGUCGCGGAUUCUUCCAGUCAGGUCAGCUAGCUCCGAAAAAGUUAAUUUAUUAACAUUUUAAAUGUUAAAUUAUUAACAUUUUCCUUAAUAGGGCAUCCCUACAAGCUACUGUUAUGGACACCUUAAAUGCAACCUCUGGCAGUGAGGUUCAUGUAUUCCCAAACUUAGGGCUCCAGCUGCUUUUGGACCACAAUUUCCAUCAUCCCUAGCUAGGAUUUGUAAUCCAAAAACAGCUGGCGACUACUGCGGCCCGUGUUUUGUCAGUCCCAAAAUGGAAAACGAGCGAGGUCCCAGCUAAAGAAGAAUGACAACUUAAACUGGUGGGAUAUGCGCAGCUUGAGGACCUAACACAGAAUAAGAGGACAUACGUUUAAAGAAGAUUGGGAAAUGUUUAUUGAAUAUUUUGGGGGGAAUUGUGCACACUUGAAAACGUUGGCAGCGUUAAGAUAAAUUCAGCCAUGUAUACAAGUUUUGAUGGAUGUAAUAAUGGGAAAUUGAAUGCUUUUGUUUAUGUAAAAUAUGCAGGGGUUUAUAUGCAAAAUGUACCAUGGAAAGUGAAGAAGGGAAGUCAGUGAUGUUUUAAGGUUGUUUAAAUGAAUAUUCCAAAUUGUAAAACAGAAAAUUUAAUAAAAAUAUAUAAACCGCUGGCGACCCAAGUUUAGGAAACCCUGCUCUAAACUAAAAAGUCCCAAACACUGUUUCCCCAUCUCUUCAGUCAUUUGUGUUGCCCUUUUUUGAACCUUCCCCAAUUCUUCAAUAUCCUUUUUGAGGCGAGGGAACCGGAACCGUGCCGAGUACUCCAAAUGCAGUCACACCAUAGCUUUGAAUAACAGCAUUAUGAAAUCAGCAGUUUUAUUUUUUAUUCCUUUCCUAACGAUCCCCAACACGAAAUGUACCUUUUGCCGCAACUGCUGCACACCGCCUCUGAUCAAAGCAUUCAGAGAUGGCUGCACAUUAUUCCUGUUUGGGCAUCAGAAACAUGCAAGCAGCAACUGUCUAGUGCAUCCAGUUCUCAGUCCAUGCAUGCACAAAAGCCUGUUUCCAUGGGCACAUGCGUUGCUCUCACUGAUUCAGGGUGAAUGGCAUGUGCAAUAGAAAACAUCUCCUAUUCCUCAGUUUGUUCAAGGCAAAUUCUGGAUGUGCCCAGAAAAAGUUAGCAACACUUACACUGCAAUCCUGCACAUAUCUACUCACAAGUACUAAUUAAUUCAGUGGGGCUUACUCCCAGUAUAUAGGUCCUAUUGAAAUCAGUGGGAUUUAAGUCAUCAUGACUUUUUGAAUUCCUUUCAAUGAUAUCAACCAAGUUGCGUUGGAUCUAAGGUAGCAUAAACUUUUCUUUUAACAUUAAGUGCCAACUUUUAAAAAAUUAUUAAAUUGACAUUCAAGAAAAACUGUCCUUUUAAGGAGCUCCAGAAAGGCACAUUCGUUAACAUUAUCCAUUAUCUUCUAAGCUAUUAAACCUAGGGUGCAAUGCAAGUUUACUCAGCAGUUAAGUCCCAGUGGGGUUUGCUCCCAGGUCAGUGUGCUAAUACAAUUGCCUUAACAACUUUCUGUGCAUAACAUCCUCAGAGACUUAAGAUUAAAAUGUGAGGCAUCAAGCACAAACCGCCCCCUCCAAUUAAGAAAUUUAUUAUUCCUACUUUUAUUUUAUUUUUUUAAAAAAUAACCUAAAACAAAAUAACUGGAGUACAGUAAUGUAACAUUUACUGUAUUUUUCGCUCUAUAAGACGCACCAGACCACAAGAUGCACCUAGUUUUUGGAGGAGGAAAACAAGAAAAAAAAUAUUCUGAAUCUCAGAAGCCAGAACAGCAAGAGGGAUUGCUGUGCAGUGAAAGCAGCAAUCCCUCUUGCUAUUCUGGCUUCUGGGAUAGCUGCGCAGCCUGCAUUCGCUCCAUAAGACGCACACACAUUUCCCCUUACUUUUUAGAAGGGAAAAAGUCUUAUAGAGCAAAAAAUACGGUAUUUAAAAUUAUCUUCAGUGAAUUGGCAGCCCUCUCUCUCCCUGUUUCCUUCCUUCGCUGCUUUUUUAUAAUGAGGAAAACAGAAGAAGGAAAGAAAUGUAAUCGGAGGAGCAGCUCUGUUUAAAAACCUUCGCUCUGGCUAAACCUCUACUGCAUUACAUGCCGAAGUAAUAUUAAGUUCUGGGAAAUUUCCUUCCAGAGAUGUAAUAAACUAAGCAGCACAGGAAGCAUUUAAGAACUCCCAUAACUUUUACGUACUUUAAUGUGCCCUGUUUUUGCAUAGGAAGGAUAUCAGCUGGCUGCCCCAUUCUGGCAAAUACCUCCCACAUGCUAGUCCAGGAGGCUGAGGUUUUCAGUUACAACGAAAUCAAAGAGAGGGUACAGAAUGGCAACCUUAUGCCUCAGUACCUCAAAGGCUGCAAAGGUCAAACAACUGCUGAUCCCUACCCCCAGGGCUAUUUGACACAGAAUAUUUAAACCGUAGGGCAGAGACAGACGGCCCUCCUCUUCUGUGCUUCAAAGAUUCACCCGUCCCUUUUGAUUCAAAACCUUUAGAAGCAUUUUUCAAAUCGCAGUCUCCUAUAGCUAGCAGCUGCCAUUACGUUGCUAAAGUUGCCCAUGUUGUGGCGCCUUGUAAAUGAUGCUGUUUAAUAAACCAUAGGCGCUUUGAUGAGACAAAGGCUCCAAGGGCCUUACAGGGCCACCCUGACCAUGUCUACUGAGAAGUAAGUCCCACUGAAUCCAAGGAAACUUAUUCCCAAGUAAAUGGGGUUGAGGAUUGCAGCCUUUGUGAACAGACCCAUUGAAAUCAAUGGGAUUCGUCGGUUUCGAUGGGUCUUCUCGAGGCGUUUUUAGACUUUGUAGAAGGGAAAGGGGAAGAGGACAAAUCUUAUUCCUAGAAUUGCCCACUCAGUACUAAACAGAGGCUAGGUAAAGGUAAAGGGACCCCUGACCAUUAGGUCCAGUCGUGGCCGACUCUGUGGUUGCGGCGCUCAUCUCGCUUUACUGGCCGAGGGAGCUGGUGUACAGCUUCCGGGUCAUGUGGCCAGCAUGACUAAGCCACUUCUGGCGAACCAGAGCAGCGCACGGAAACGCCAUUUACCUUCCCGCCAGAGCAGUACCUAUUUAUCUACUUGCACUGGUGUGCUUUCGAACUGCUAGGCUGGCAGGAGCAGGGACCGAGCAACGGGAGCUCACCCCGUUGCGGGGAUUCGAACCGCCGACCUUCUGAUCGACAAGUCCUAGGCUCUGUGGUUUAAUGCACAGCGCCACUCGCGUCCCUAAACAGAGGCUACAGGAAACCAAUUUUCCAGUGGGAAGAGCAAUGCUCUAAUCACACACGUCAUGCUCCUGAGACUCCGAUACCAGUUCAAGUAUUGGCUAUGAAGUAUUGAUUUAGAUUCCUAAUGCAGACCCAAGUCGUAUCUCUGAGAGCUUACUUUUAUGUUCUGCUUGGUUAAGAAUGUCUUUGGAGAAUUAUUCUAGGUAACCCUUUAGGUCAAAAUCAAAAGCAGUAUCUCCAGCAUCACAAAAAUAUGCUUUUGAGCCCCAGCCUGUUAUGCAGACAGGACCAAAUUAAGGAUUCUUUAUCCAAAAGUUUCAAUGGGUGUUGGGAGUGUGAGAUUCUUUGCCUGUUGCAUUAAUUUUUGGUCCCUGUUACAAUGUAAGAGUAUGGUGCAAAGUUAUUACUUGGCAGGGUCCCCCCGUAGCUCACUUGCACAGCAUCUAAAGGCUUUUCAAACUCCUGGGAACUUGGCUUUACCCAGCAUUGGCCACACAUAAUUAUGAAGACAGGGAUGGGGAACUGCAUGCCAGAAUUGGAGCUAACUUUCGCUUCAGACAAUAGAUGUCAAAGUUUCUAUCACUGCACAGGAAACCAGUGCGUGGGACCAGACUGUAAAUUCUGCAAAUAUUCAGCCAUUUCAUUCCCGAUUCUUUUGUUCCCAGAUCCAAGUGCACAUUCUUUCAGCUCUCUUCCUCUGUGAACUCUUAAUUCAAAUAUUCUUUUUUUUUCCGUUUCAGAAGAAAUCCACCAAGCAACUUAGAGAAGAAAAAGGAAAGGCUCCCAGCAGAAGUGUUGGAUUAGACACAGCUACUUCCCAGCCUGCACAAAAUACACAAGCUACGGAUGAGUUUCAUCUAUCGCCUUCUGCAGAGUGUUGGCCCAAGGACAGAGCAGUCCACUUUGAAAGCUUUGCCGGAUUCAGCAGCAGUGAUGGCAUACUAAGGGAACUAGAUGAUGGGCAGUUUGACCAAGAAGAUGGAGUCACUCAGGUCACUUGCAUGUGACCAGGAAAUGGAUUAGAUGGACCUGUACAUAUUUUUUUAAAAAAUGUAAAAAUAGAAAUUGCUUUUUAUAUGUGUCGGUAUAAUUUUCUCCCUUUGUCUUAUACAAACGUGCACAUUAUACUUCCCCUCAACUCUGUAAAUAUGCUCAUAAAAAAGGUAAAGGUAAAUAGCACAACUCUUAUUUGUUUAGUGUUGGCGGAAGUGCUAACUUUUGAGUGAGGUCUGUUUUACUGGGAUUUUGAAUUUCUAGAACAGCACUAUAUGACAUCUCAGCAGUCUUUCUGUCAAUUGGAAGCAACUGCAGAUAAGGUGUUGCCUUCUGCUCUUCUGCAAAACGUAAGACUUUUUACAAAGUGCUUGAAAUGUAAUACAGCAGCAUUUCUCUUAAUAUACUGUUUUAAAUAUCAUAAGGUUUAACACCAAAUUAAAACUGUACAUAGAGAACCGUGUGCCAUUUUUAGGUUUCAGGUUUAAACUCUCCUCGUGUUAAAAGAGUGCAAACUCAAACACUAUAAUAAAAAAUUGGUACUAAAAACAAAUCACUAAUAGUGUGCAGUCACAAGUGUUAUUAGGUGGCUAUUUGUGAAUGACUGGAAAUCAUU